GAAGCAGUCUGGAGACUAGCUGCCAACUUGCAGUUGAGGAGACAGAAUAAGAAACAUUGGAACAAAAAAUAUGGUCAUCUGUCUUAACAAUAGCUGAAAUGCAGCACUUGAUACAGAAUUAACAAAGGGAAUUUCUAAGUGGAUUUACGGGACUUUUCUUAAUUUUUAAUUUUUUUAUUUUACUAAUGUUUUCUUUUCGGUCACAGCUGUGAUAAAAACUGUUCUUAUUUUCUUUCUUCGUGUUUUUUUGUUUUGUUUGUUUAAAUUUUCCAACCUUCUGUCUAAAUCAAAGGACUGAUCUGCCCUCCGUGGCGGAAAGUGUACGUACAAAACUUAUAAAAAUAUAAGCCUCCCGUAUGUUAUUUUUGAAGGGAGAUGUGAUCUCUUUGCUCAUUUCGUUUGAAAUUUAAAUAUUGAUCGGCACAUCUGGAACAUGGAUCAGCUAUCAAUAACAAGUGGAUUCCCAUUUUUUUCUUAAAACGCAAAAUAUUCUUCAUACGUGCUCCUUACGGAUGGUCCUAGACUAAAACUAAAACGGUAAAAGAAGUCUCAGGACCUGGAUACAGAUAGGUCGCCAACAAAUUAAAAAAAAAAAAAAAUGAUAGUUUGCACUGGACACCAAUAGAAUGGAAGUGUCACAUUAUACAGUUCAUGGGUUGAAGUUUUAUUGAUCAUCGUAAGUAAACGUUAUAUAUCCCUAUGGGUUCCUGGACUGGAAGGUGUGGAUUAAUAAGCUGCUUUGAUACUUCAAGUCUAAAGGAUUCAUAGAUGACUGAGUUUUAAUUACACUGGUUGGACUUUCGAGGAAGUCAAUAGGAGAACAUUUGUUUUCAACCUGUCUUGUUAAGUGUAAGAAGACCUGGCGGGAUUAAGUAGAUUUAUGUUAUAUUCUUGACCCCUUGGUCUUGACAAGCCCUUAUCUACACUGAAGGAUCACUUUCCACUUGCUUAAUCCUUCUCAGCAUCUUCUAGAGGUACUUGGAGCUUUCUUCAGUAUAGCUUUUAAAACACUAAAGGAUAGAUUCCCCAGAACAUGAUGAAGUGUUGGAUAUCGCUCCUCGUGGCCACAGUUCUGUGCCAGCAACUUACUGUCUUCAGAGUAUUGGCAAAUAAGAAAGAACGCAAGAAGGCAAAAGAGGCUCAUCAGUUCACUGAACCCUUUAAUGUCACUUUAUCCAACAGCGAAGAGUUUGAUGAACUUGAAAAGGUAUGUGAGUUAUCCCCUCCACUUCCCCUCCCAUUCACUCACUCCACAGUUUCUUUUAAGACAAAAAAGGAUUUGCUCUAUCCGAAUCUCUAGCUGCUAUAAACUACAACUCCCAUCAUCCACCAGUCAGUCACACUGGGAAUUACAGUUCAAAGCAGUUCCAGUAGCAGGUGUUGAUAAUUAAUGCUCUGCCCAAAAUACUGUUAAAGACUAAGUACCACAGUCACAGAACAGCUAGCUUCCUACUUUCAAUACUCUGUUCUGUCUUUUAUUAAAUCACACUACUAUAUUUUCAUAACGCAUAUAAUUUACCUAUUAGAUUGUCUCUGACUUCUCUGAUUCUAAAAAAAACCCUACAAAGUAAUGUGUAUUAAUAUCAAUAUUAAACAUACACAGGUGACAUCAGCAUUGACAACUAGAGAGCUCAUUCGUCAGAAGGGCAGAAACUAUUUACUGAGAAAAUGAUGUGAUACAAAAAUAGUGAGCCCUCAGUAAGUUGAUCAUAUUAAAUAUAUAGCUGAGAAAACACCUAUGACCAAAACAAUAAAGUUAUGAAGUUUUCACAGAAGAAUAAAUUGAUUUAUUAUUACUAUUGAUAAACAUCUGUUAAUGUGUAUCUCUAAAGGGUUAACUUAACCUUAGGAGGAAAGUAAUUUUAAGAAAGAUGAUGUUGAAAAAAAGCAGGCAUGAUUUGAAUAUAGUUUGAAAUUGGAGUAGUGUACAAUAUACGUAUUCACAGAAGGAGUGGUUGAUACUUGGCACAGCCGCCAGUAGAGGUGGUAGAUGAUAAAAUGUAAAUACAUGCCUGGUGUGUGCAUAAAGCUUUCAUGGAUUUUGAGAUUCCAUAAUGGGCAGGGUAAAUGGGACAAUUGGUUUGCUGCCAUCGCAAUCUGUGUAAGACUGAGUAUGCGUACACAGUGCCUUGUCAGAAGGAUAUCCAAAGAAUAGAAUGGAUUGUAUAGCUGAGGGGCUAAACAUAGGAAACAAAAAUCUCAUGUGAAGAGCUUAACUAACAAAGGAAAGGUAUUAGAACGGAGAAAGAUAGGCUUGAUGCAUAGGCAGCUCAACAUACUGGUCUGAGCUACAGUAUAGUCUGACUGAGUGCAAUGGGAGUUGUAAUCCUAUAUACAAUUGUACAACUGCGUUUGCCACCCCAGUAAGACAUAAUAAUAUUUCAAUAAACUGGGAUCUGUAGUUGUUGAUCCAAAAAACUUGCAAAAUAGAUAAACAGCUUCAAUUAAUUGAUAAUUAAAUAUGAUUAUUUUCAAAGCGUCAACAGAUUCCGCGGCGCUGUACAAUGGAUCUUUGUUUAAUGCAUUUUGAGCUCUAGUGCAUUUUAGCACAUCCAUGCUACAGGGAUCAUGGGACUUCGAAUGUAGCAAGAAACAACAAUUCUUAAUUCAUCCACAGGUGAGAGUUUAUACCUUCUGGGCUCACCCUUAGCCCAUUCUCACACAGGAAAGACAAGCUGGAUGAGACUCACAACCUUAUCUGCAAGGAAACUUUUUCGUGGCAUUGAAGAAUAGAAAAUCACAAUGUUUCAAUGAGACAUUUUAAUUUUUGUAUGCUUCAAUAAUGUUUCCUUGGGGAUAACGUGGUAAGACAAACAAGUAGCAAGAGAGGUGAGAACGCACAACAGCUCAAUUAGCCUGCCCAUCGGUGGGUCCCCGCUCAGAUAUCAAGCUGGUUUUAGCUCAUCUUGUGCCAUCACAGAGAGAACAUAUCUGAAGCAUAUCAGACUGGUCCCACCCGUACAGGCAGUCCAGAUCCGAAAUGCCAGCAAGUUCCCUUUGCACGAGAGACACAGCAACCACAGACUAUCGUUUCAAACUUGUAACGUAUCAUCAGUGAGGUAUAGCCGAUAUCCCUCGAGGCACCGUGAGCAAGGGGUCUACGUCUGGUGGUGGUGAGACUCGUUCAAUUUGUCUUUGUUGUGUGUGAAUGGGCUAAGGGUGAACCCAGAAGGUGUGAUCACGCACCUGUGAAGGAAUUUUAAUAUAUUGGGAACCUAUUUAAUAACCUGUGAAUAGUGAACAACACAGGUAUUAGGUUUGAAGACACUUGUUACUGUUAUUAACAUGUGAUAAUACAUGGUAAGUCAAAACACAGUAAAUUUAGGACUUACAAAAGUAAUUCUAUUUUUUGACUACCUGCCCUCAUCUAUUGUAUGCACUGGUUGCCUGCAGAGUUUCAAUUUGAUGACUGUGUAAGCAUCUUUCAAUAAAAAAAAGAGAUUUAAUCACCUUACGUUUAGUUUACUGUAAUAAUCCAAUCCCAGUACUAUCCUCAAGGCAUCUCGCAGUGACAUAUUUUGUUGGCAUGAAAUACACUGUCAUCAGUGAGAGACAAGUUAAAUCCUGAGUCAGACAAGUUCUAUAUAAAAGAGUCAGGCUUCUGUAAACAUGUCAUUGCUCACUACACUUGGAUGCCCAUGUUUCCUAAGCAGCAUAAUUCCUUAGCAAGUGAAUAAAAGGGUCAUUAUACUGUGCGGGGAGUAUAACAGCCUUCCAGUGUAGACAGAGAGUUUGUUCAAAUGAGACCCAGUUCAAGACAGUGACGUGCAAUAGUGCAAUGUAGGACUGGACAUAGUUUUGGGGUCACUCUUUGAUAAAGCGGUAUCUAAUUAUGAAAAUAUACUACCACAAUAUCCGUUAUCACCUGCUAGAGUUUACAUUGUAGGCUAAGAUGGUACAAAACAACUGAUUUAGAAAUAGGGUUGUCAUACUGAUCCCCUUAGAUGUUGAUUGACAAUAAAUCCGAUUCUCUUCUGCAAGCCUAUAGCAUGACAAAGAAUUAUGGGAGAUGUAGUUUUAUAAUCUAUAGGGGGAGGGGGGAGGGUGAUGUUCCAACAGCCCAUUAUUAGUAAAAGAAAGACUGUUAUUUUAUAAAACUAAAGUUGGUGAGGAUGUGGAGAUUACAGUGAAGCGUUGAUAGAUGCACAUCACAUUGCAGGUGGACACAUGUAAGUUCUAUUUUGAGGGCUACAUUGAAAUUGUUCUGUAGAAUUUUAUUUUUAAUAAGCCUAUCACGUGAAGGCAAAUCUGGCCAUCAUAACCAAACUUCUCACUAUGAAUGUAAACUUGUCAAUGACGUUCAUUCGCCUUUUUCUGGAUCAGUGGUUCUCAAACAAAUGCUCAUGGCCCACCAACAGUCAAGGAUUUAUGUAUCUCCCCCCCCCAUAUUAUAUAUUCCAAUACACCUGGACUGUUGUUGGUUCUUGAUGACUGGUUUGGGAAACACUAUUCUAGAUUAUUCCAAUGGACUUUGUCCCUUCUAUUAAUGAAUGUAACUGAUGGUUGAUUACAGUUUUGUCUACCCCUUGGUAUGUUUGCUGUGGUUGAAUACAGUAUGCUUUCCAGAAAAACUAGUGCACCAAAUCUAGACUGACAGCUACUACCUUUCAUUACUCCAAAACAAACCCUAGAUGGAUACGUGGUCCACGGUUUUACAAAAAGAGCAUGGCCAAAAUUAGAACAAUAUUUUCCUGUCACUUUACAGCCCAGAAAGAAAGGCCAAAUUCCUUUGAUAAAGGAUCUUCCAUGAGCCCAAACAUUGCUUAUAUGACAAAAAAAAUUACCCUUCUUUUAACGCUGCCCAGUUCCCAGCUCUGCUCAUGUAUUAAUAUGGAAUGUGGUCCCUGUUUUUAGCUACAUCUCAGAAGUCUUAGAAUAGAACUCUGGCACAUGCAUAAUUUUCAGACUUGCGCUCUUCAAUGGCUUUAAAUAUACACAUCAAGGUACUUCUUGUAACUUACCUUGGGUCAACCAGAUGCUGCCAGAAUGCAAUUUAGAAAAAUUUGGACACACAGACUGUCACGACCACGCUUACCUGGGGGUCCCCCGCCGCAUCUCCGUCCUCUCCUGUGGCAGUUCCCCCUCACUGCACGCCGAGGACUCUGACGUGUCCGAGUGCAAAGACAGACAGCCGGCAUCUCUGUGACUCGUGGACGUGGUGCGGUGGUUCCCCGCACCACAGGAAGCUCCAGCCGAUCCCACGUGUAAACUCCACAUACUCUAGGCGCGCACCAGACAGUUUGCCUCUUAAAGGGAUAGAACACCUGAAACAGCUUAAAGGGCUAAUCACUGUUUAACCAAUGGUAUGUGAGAGGUGGAUACCUCUCCCCUAUAUAAACCCAGUUAACCUCUACCUCAGUGCUCAGUUAUACUAUGCUCUUCUGUAUAUACACUUCUGUGAAUCCUGCUUCAUCCAGCCCUUGACCUAUCUGCCUGUUAUACCAUUCCUGAACCUGCGCUGCCUGCCCUCGACCUUGGCUUACCCUGUCUACGAGAUUGUCUUGUCCCUAAUUGGUACCUCACUUUUGGCUCACUACUGCCUCCUGGGCCCCACCUGUUGACCCUACACAGACAGAAUAACUAGAAUUAUCAAGAUUUACAUGUAGCAGUACUAAAGCAAGUAUAUGUUUAGAAUCUAUAAAAAAAAAUCCAUAUUUCAGGGCUGUUUUGGUUAGAACGCAGCCCUAAAUUAUGUAUUUUUGUUCCUUGCAUAGUAAAGGAGAGUCCUGGUUUACUCUAUUAAAGAUUUACCUCUGUUUUUUUUUUUUCUCGUUCCUAGUCUCACACUUGCAGAGUUGUAAAUAGGGUGGAGAAUCAAUUCUUGUCAUCAGCUGAUGUUAUCUCAGUCUCAAUCUAUGUUUGUAGCCAGCAGCCAGUUAUUUCCCUUCACUAAGCAGCAGGAAUAAUCUCUUACAAAUCAAACAGUUGGAAAACAGUCAUAACUCAGCAAACCAUACGAAAUCGCGAAUGCUUUCACAAUCCAACAAUCAAUUUGUAUUCAGCUUUUUUUUUCCUGCCACAAAAUUAAUAUUUGCAGUGGCCAAAGGGUGGCCUGAGGAGAACCAAAAAUAAUAUUUCUGGAUUUUUUGUAUAUUUCAAUUGCAGUAGCGUACAAAAUAGAUGUCAUGGUAGACACUGAAUGGUGUGCAGUGUGUUAAAAAUUUGUCAAAGACAUAAACUGUCUUUUUACAAAGAAACUACACUGAGGAGUUGACCCACACAUUUUGUGAUGUGUUAAAAAACAGAAACAUAAAAUAUAAAAGUUCCUCUUCUACGUAUUUUGAUCAGUGGAGUCUUAUGGAAUAUGGAAUUCAUUAUAUGUUGCUGUUUCAUUCAUGAAAAGACAUGAAUGAAAUGACUGCACGAGCUAAUGGAAGCUAAUGGAAAACCGUUUCUAACAACUUAAUGAAUGGUUUCAUCCAUGGGCUUUGUGAAAGGGACACAAUAGGCACUAUAGCAAUUUAAUCUAAUUUAAAAAGUUAUAGUGCUUGAAAUAUCCUGUCAUUGUCCCUCCAUUCAGUGUUAAACCAUUUUUGAGCAGUUUCACACUAAAUAAAUGUCACUGGCCACCCACAGCCCAGUCCCCACUGCGGGUACUGCUAGGGCAGUGAUUACACACCUCCUUCUAGCAAUACCAAUACAUUCCAUCAAUAGGUGGGGUGAUAGGCGACUCCAGAUACUCUAACUACUUCAUUGAGGUGAACCAGUUAUAGUGCCUACAGUCUUCUUAACUGUCAGUGGUAACUGGUGAAGUGCGCAAUGCCAUUGGGCAGGGAUGCCACUUAUUGGUUGGGAACAGUCAUCUGAUGCUCUCAGCCAAUUACUGACUUCCCAUUCACAAAACCCUCAACCAAUCAGUGGCGCCCCUGCCCGGCAGCCCUCACCGCUUCCUAGAUCUCAAAAUUCAGGAGCCCGAGCCACAGGGGAGGAGUGGAGCCCAGCGCUUUGAGGUUUAACCCCUUGAGGUAAGAGUGCCUCAAGAGGCCUCUGGCACCAUAACAACUUCACUGGGAUGAGAUAUUUUGGUGCCCAGAGUGUUCUUUUACAUUUUAUUUAACAGAAAGUGAUCUGGUCAAUAAAUCCAAGGUUUAUUAACUUAAUCAUUAAUUGUGUUUCCUUAUUUGCAUUUAUUUAUGUUUUUUUAGUUAUCUGUUUCAGAGAUAGAAGUUUCUUAAGCUUUCUCUGUUCACAGGUCCUAAAAAAGUCUAUGUACGUGUGGAACCCCAUUUUAUUGUGUAUUUAUACAUUGAGGCAGGUUUCAUUGGGUUGAUUGGUCACUCCACAAAAAUGACAUACUGGUUCCAUAUUGUAACUUGUCAUAAAUUGAGUUUACAGAUUAUAAUUAAAGAAUUAAAAUCUUAAUGUGCCAAUUUAUGAUCCCAUAAAUUACUCCACAUAACGGAGUACCAGGGUGAAUGAUUGGGUGCUUGCCAGUAUUUUUUUUAUCAGUAUAUGGGCAGCCUGCAAAUCAAAGCCUGAUAUUCAUUCUGUGGGGUAAUUUGUUAACGUUAGCAAUCAAUAAAGAAUUCUCAACAAUCUCAACUAAUUAGGUAUUCUAAACUCUUUCCUUUUUGUUUUGACUGUAGUAAAGUGACUGUAGACAAAUGAAAUGUACUACAAAGUGCUAGAAAGAUAAGAUUAAGGUAAUUUCAGCCAAAUGGAAAAUGAAGUACCAAAAAUAUAACAUAGAAUUUAAAGUGAACCUGUCAUUCACAAAAUCGGUAUAGUCACAGAAGUUGGCAUGUAAAGCCAGUGGCGUCACUAGGGUUGGUGUCACCCGGCGCGGUAACUCACAGUGUCACCCCAGCCCCCUUAAUAAAGUGUUUUUUGGUGUUUUUUUUUUUUUUUUUAGUAAAGUAACUUGUAAAUCAUAACUCCCAUAUAACACUAAAUGUAAUGGCAAUAGUGACAUUAACAACUAAGAAAAUUAAAAUUACCUUUAAAUUACAAUAUCAUAUGAAAAUAAUAGAAUUUGAGCUAUGGGCAGAGCGGCAUGAUGCAUCCAAUCCAGAGGUGACACCAUCGCUGGACUCAUCCUUGUCCCUGCCCCCCUUCACCAGUCCCCUGCCCACCUUCACCAGUCCCCUGCCUCCUUUAUCAGUCCCUUGCCACCUUCACCAAUUCCCAGCCCCCCUUAACCAAUUCCAGCCCACCUUAACCAAUUCCAAGCCCCCCUUCACCAGUCCCCCGCCCCUUCACAAGUCCCAUGCCCCCCUUCAUCAAAUCCCCAGUCCCCCUUCACCAGUCUUCUGCCUCCUUCACCAGUCCCCUGUCACCCUUCACCAAUCCCCAGCCCCCCUUCAAUAAAACACAAUCUAUUUAGUAAAAAAAAAAAGAAAAAAAAGUAAUAAAAACAAGCACUCACAUUAAAGGCUGCUGCCCCUGGAUCCAGCCUUCAGUUUCCCACGCCACCGAGUCGCAGACUGAAGAGCACCGGCCGCUGCCCUCACACACACUGAGCCGAUUCUUCCACGGCUCCCUGAGAAGGCAGAGCACGUCGAUGUCGUGGCCCCACGCUGCCCCCACCUCCACGCACCGGACCUCUGCAUCACCCCUGUGGAUACCUGACCACAGUUCUCCCCUCACCAUUCGCAAGUCAAGUACACAGCAUCACUACGCACUUGACUUGCUCUGCACUGCAGAGACAUAAUUCAAGUCUGUGAGUGACCGACUGCGAGCUGUGUCGGCCGCCCGGCACCCCUGUUGCCAUGGUGCCCUGUGCAGCCGCACAGCUCGCACACCCCAAAGGCCGGCCCUGGUGUCAUCCGCCCCCGUGAUGCACAUCCUGGUGCGGUCCGCACAACCCGCACCACUCUUGUGACGCCACUGUGUAAAUCCAAUGUAAUAUUUAUGAUUGUGCAUAAAGUUUAGUAGAACACUUCAACUGGGGAUCAUUCUCUUGUAUGAACUUAGGUCACAUGGAUAGAAAAACAGGGGCGAUGAGGUAAAGGGGGCUGUAGUGGGUGCAGGGGAUAAUAGGGUUAUAGUGAAAAUAGGGGGCAAUAGGUGCUGUAGUGAGUGCAGAUCCUACUUCUUCCUUAUGUUUGUUCACUCUCCAUUCUCUCCAGCAGCAUGCCAUUGUAGCUGUCAAAGAGCUCUUUCAAUCUCCAGGCAGCACUGCCCCUCACCACAUCUGACACAUGUCGUGGGAGCCGUCUGGUGUGUAUAGAGAGGAAGAAAUGUGAUGUCACUCCGCUCUCUCUCAUUGCACACACAGUGCCCCCUCUUGGAGACCGAGAAAGAGACAUGGCAGGGAGAACACAAGGUGCCAGGGUGCCAUGGGGGGUAACUCAUUAUCUUUGUGAAGCAAUUGCCCCUCUGUAGCGACGCCUAUGCCUCUAAUUAUUUUUAAUUACUUCAGGAUCUAUUUUUGAUGAGGACAUUCCGUCACUCAUUACUGAGGAAUUAUAGAGCUUAUUAAGGAAAACGAGGAACUCUAAAAAACGUAAUUACCAAGAUACAAAAGAAAGCAAUAUCAAUUCAAAGCAUAACUUAUUUUAUCAUUUUAAAUGUAUGUAUUUGUAUAUAUUUAAACUUAUUAGAUUUUUGUGGUGUGGUCAUGUUGGUAGUCGAUAACAUUUACCUUUAAUGAAUGCACUAUUAAAGUAGAUCUUGAUAAACAUUUCAACAACUAUUGUAAUCAGUAGACAGGGAGAAUUAACAAGCGUAGAAAUUCUGUGACACUUUUCUUCCUCAUAAACAAAAAAAAAUGGCCUUAAAAAAUACAGAAAUGUUUCAAGAGGUUGAUUUUUUUUAUACCUGAAGCUGGUGAUGAUUUCUGCAAAACUCUUGGACCUUGCCAAGUAUGCUUAAACUGAUACCGAAGUCUCAGUGGAGGCAGCUAUUAUCUCGUAUCAGCCACACUGGUCUGCUCCUCGUUCUAGAUUUAGGAAUGAGCGAUUGUCAGCAGUGUCAGUGAUUCUGUCUGGCAACUGUCUACAGCCAGUUCCUGGUGUAACAGUCAGGGAGAGCUCAGGAUUGUCAGCAAUGAAUUCCUUAUAAGCAAUAUAAUUGGCAAAAAACUAAACAAAUUACACACUUUUAUUUUUUAACUUUUUUUUCUCUUUAGUGUUUGUUUUCGGCUGGCCAAGAAUAUCCACAAACUGCCAACCACAUCAUGUUCUUGAGUGUUUACUGAUUGGAUUCAUGUGCUUCAAGUGUAUGUGCCACUGGGUUGAGAUGGUGGUAGAUGUGAUGGUGGUAGUAGGAUGUUAUCAGUUUUAAAGGGACAUCUUAAAGUGGAUCUGUCACUUUUGAGGGUCUUUUUUUCAUAUAUUGCAAAUAUAGUGACAAAUCCUGCGUGGGUCCAGUGGCCACAGGGUGCAGGGGAAGGGAAGUUUUAUUUAUCUCAAGCUGACCAUCACAGCUGCCGCCAUCUUUGUCAUGCACAUCUUCUUAAACUGCCGGCACAUGUUACCAGGAGCCUCAUCAGUGCUGCACUCACUCCAUAGAUUGAUGCCUGAAUCCUACAGUCAUAUACUUGUGACGGCUGGUGGGAUUGCACAAUAGGUAGCGGCAGAGCUCUGCCUUUUGUCAACUUUUGUCAACCUCAGGCUUGUCAAUAAGACAAAGUAGCCCCUACUUUGUCUUGUGGUAUUUUUGGAAUGCAUUGGAAUUUAAGUGAAAUGCCUUGAUCUGUAUUUAAUAGAGAAUAUAUCUGAUUACUUACUUUAGACAAUUAUUUGUAGCUUUCUAAGUGCAUACUCAUGAGCCCUUAUAAGACUGAAUUUUAUAAAAAGCUGAACAACCAGAUUGCACGAAUGCCGGUUCACCUUUCACUCUUCGUAUAGGGUUGGUGAAUAGACCAAGCUUGGCCAAGUGUCUGUAUGGUUUCUGGGCCCUAGGAGGCCACCUUAGGUCACUUUAUGGUUCUUCUAACUUGUCAGGACAUUAUUUACUCUGGACAUGCAAAUGUUAGUAACCAGCACUUACCUGCAAAAUACUUUAUUUCUUGCCAAUGGCCCCCCUGAAUCGGAACAAAAACCAAAGAUUCAAAGAUGCAACUAGUAAGACAGUCCAUCCCUCCUUAAUGUGAAUUCAUGUUCCCCAUAUAUGAGCUUAUAUUAAAGGGAAUUUAUAUUCAAAGUAUGAAAUAUCCUUAGACAAGCACCUGGAUUUAAGCAUAAGCUUAUACUUACUUAAAAGAAAACCACAAAUUGUAAGGCUACAAUCUUAUCAAUUAAUUAAAAGGAGUCUGCUUUAGUCUAUCUAACCAUGCAAAUUUGCCCCUUCACCCUGACACAGGAGGGAAAUCCCUAAGACUCAAAGUUGCCAGAUAUAAUUACAGCUUAAAGGUGUAACUAGUGUUGCAGUAAGUGGAUUAACUUCAUGGUACUAAAAACCUCAAUAUCUGCAAGGACAGUGGGUUGAUGGAUAUCACAGGGUUAGAAUCUGGAUUCUUGGGUGAUAGUUUCAUAUGUACGUGAAAUAUAUAUUACAAGCAACAGGGGCAAAUAGAAAUUGUAUAAAAUACCUGAAAUAAGUCUGUACAAUUCUUUGAGGCUCCAGGGAAACGUAGAAUAAAAAGUAAAUAUAGUAUGGCUAUCUGUUUCAUUAUAUUUCAAUGUAUUUAAUUUAUCUUACAAAUACUUUUAAUUCAACCAUAAACUGUUCUUUGUGAUAAAUAAGCUUUAGAUAAAAAGCUUUUUUUUCUGUUUAGUGUAUUUCAUGCAAUGCAUGAAAGAUAUGUUUUACAGCUCAUUUAUUAUAUUAUAUUAAGUCCACAAUGCAUAGCUAGCAUAUUAAAUAUGGACAAAACAAAAAAUGACUGCAUGUAUUAAUUGUUUGAGGACAACAAAUAUUGUAACUUAAUUACCUACACAGAAAAAUUAAUUGUUAUAUAUAUAUUUGUACAGAUAUUGGCGUUUAAUACGUUUAUAGUGAUGCCACGAUAUCUCUUGCCUCAAAAACCUUCUGAAUCACUUGCUGAAAAGUCAAUUAUCACUUUUCGAACAUGCAUUUAUUAUUUGUGAGAAUCUAGAUUUAAAAAAAUAUACUGAAACACCCUACUCAUGUAUAUUUAAGGAAAAAUAUGGAGUCUAUAUUUAAGAAUAUGGAUUCUUAAACUAGCAGCAGUUUAGAAAUGUCAGUGAGAAUGGCCUGUUCGUGACUAUAAUUCUACAUAGAGUUCACACCGUUUCUGUAUUAAAGGAGAGCUAUCUCUGUCUUGUGUCCCAUCCCAUCACUGUAUUUGAUCGCUCCAUACAGUGAAUUUUCAAGGCCUUUGUAUAGUAAAACGGAAAGGUGUAGGUUGCAAUGUGACUUACAGUUUCUCUGCGCUGCUGCGCAUGCCGCAUGAACUGGGCGGCACCAGACGAAAAACAUUUAGGAGCAACUCAUUUACAUUUUUUAGACUAUUGAUAUUUUUUCCUUUGGGUUUAUAUUUAUUUUUUAAUUGAAUCAACACCAUGUAUACAUAAGGUUAAGGUUGAGCAUCAGUCACCUGUGUGUGUAAAGGAAUAGAAGGAAAUGAACUAAGGGCAAUUAUCCUUUUAAAGUGACACACCAUGCUGAGGUUGACUCUUCUUUUUAAUAAAAUUCAUGUAAUGUGGUAAAAAAUGUGCAAAGAUAAAAACAAAAAAAACAAAAAAACACAAGCUAAACUGCAAAUGUUUAGGCUCUCUCAAAAGUAUUUUUUCACUUGGUAGCAACUAAAAUGUUUUUCAGCAAAUCAGUGCACUCCAUACAAACAUAUAGUUGUGACAGUGAGCAUGCAGGUGAUGGACGCCACAUGCAUGCUAACAGUGCUCUUGUAGCACUUAAACUCAAAGUACACUACUAGCCAGGCCUAAAAAAAUUAUCUUCAGAGCAAGGCAGGAGGGUCAAUAGAACACUCACCACAGUAAAGUCCUAGUUACUAGGGAUUCAUUUUCAAUUGCUAAUGGCUAGGGGGCAAGUGGAAAUUUAGAACCUUGGUGUUUCACCUACAGAACAGCUUGCAUAUUAAACCAUAUAAAUUGUCAAAGUGCUCAGAGUAUAAAAUUCUCAAUGGUGAAGCAAUUAAGGGUGCAUUGAAAAUCUUACCACCCAGGCUUGAUAUCUAGAGGACAGGAUUUAGAUAUUUGUGAGAUACCCCUAGACACUGACUAAGUCACUCUCUUCCUUGUUCUCCUGUUCUUAUCUAAAUUACUUGGGGAAGCACAUGCAAAGGAUCCCCCAUGCCUUCAGCCCACCACACUCCCUGGCUCAAGAGGACAGGUGUGUUGGUAUGAAGUCCAAAGGCAGAUUUUAUUGGACAUGAUACAAUGUUUCAGCUCUAAAAGUGCCUUUAUCAAGCUUAAUUAAGGGUCUUUAAGAGCCAGACCAUUGUUUGUGUCCAAUACAAUCUGCCCAUUGCCCAGUCCUGUCUCUUGUUUUAGUAAUACCACUAUAUAUGACAAUGGCUGAGGGUGCAUUUUGACACAUUUUAUAUGAAUAUCAAAAUGAAAAAGUAAGGAUUUGUCCACUAUAGUCCCUAGUGUAUGCUUUAAAUCCAUUGUCUUGCAUUGACUUAUAUGCACUUCAAUAGUUUUGUUACAAGCUAGUAGAUGCAGGAUCAUUCAACAUAGAUCCAGCAGUAAUCCCACUAAAUAACUCACUGACAAUCUUCAUUUCUGAUAUUAAGGCAGGGUGUGCAAGAUUGACUCACUUCCAUCAAUAGUGUUGUGACCAAAACUGCAAUUUGAAAUGCACUUUAGAAUGCAUGUGGCCUGCUCAAAAACCUGUUACACAGCAAUACUCUUAGUAGACGUUAUAGCUCUCCUUUAAGAAUAGAAUAGGACAUCUAAAUUAUAACAAAUACGAGUCUUACACUUGGUGGCAGGAUAAUGAUUCUGUUUGAGAAAAAUAGGUUAAAAGGUUACAUUGCGCCUCUGGGUAUGAAGGAAAGCAUGUCACGGGAAUUCUUGUAUAUAGAUCUAUUUUUUUUAAUUUAGGUGUCACUAGGGAUUAUUCUGACGUGAGGUUCCUAACAAGUGCCAAACAGUGUUUUACAGAAGAAAAAGCCUUUUCAGAGAUUUCCAGGAGAAAAUCCCAGAGAAGUGUAAGGGGUGAAGCAAGAAUCAAGUAAGGAUUAAAAAGUUACAAGAUGUGAUAUAGUUUGGUGAGAGAAAUAGUUUGUAAAUAUAUAAAAUAUUUAAUAUCAAAUCAAAUUAACUUUCCCCAUUCGGCAGGAUUCUUGGCAAUUACAAAAAUAAAGACACCAACUCUUCGGUUUGACAUGUUAAAUGACCUCAGGACUGAGAGUUGUUUGAUCUGGAACCCCAGGGGGGUGAAUGAGAGUUGUGUGAUAGACAAAUAGCUAGAAUGAAAUGGAUGGUAGGGCCGAUAAUGCAGAAAGACCCAACCAAGCGAGUAUUUCAUAAGCCUUCACCAGCAGCAAAGCAAUUGAUUAUGGAUGGGAUUUUUUUUCUUCCUAAACUAUUCUCGACUGGUGGUAACAAACUUGCUUUCCGUAGAACUGACUGACACGCAGUAGAAACUUCAGACUGAAUUCCUUUCAAAGUAAUCUCACAAAUAUUUUGUAAAAUGCCAUAUGCAAUCAUUAUGUUCUCCAUCAUUUAAAGUUACCUAUUUCUGGUCACAGAGUUAAGAAUACUCAUGUUACAGUAUAUGUAGAGAGAAUUAUGGGGAGGCAUGUGCAAAAGGCACCCCCACCAUGCCUUCAGCCCACCACACUCCCCGGCUCAAGAGGACAAAAUAAGGUUAUACUGGUUGCUAGUAUGAGGUCCAAAGGCAGAUCUUAUUGGACAGGAUAUUUUUCAGCUCUAAAAGGGCCUUUAUCAACCUUAAUUAAGGCUCUUUGUGAGCCAAAACAUUGUUAGUGUCCAGUAAAAUCUGCCUUUGGACUUCAUACCAGUGCUCAGUCCUAUCUCUUGUCCUAUUGAUACCAUGAUAUAUGGCAGUGACUGAGUGUGCAUGUUGGCACAUGUUUUUGAAUGUCAAAAUGUAAGGAUUUAUCCACUAUAGUCCAUAGUGGAAUCAGUGGCGUACAUACCAGGGUCGCAGGGGUCGCGACUGCGACUGGGCCCGGCCCACAAGGGGGCCCAGCCGCCCCUGCGACCCGGUAUGCACCCACAGGGCCAGCCUCUUCUCCUGGGGGGCCCAGGAGGCGGCCACCUCAGAGCCCCCCCGAGGCUGGCCCUGCUGACACCCGGCGGGCGGGCUGUCUGGGUGGACGGCGCGCGAGGGAGCACUUUCCCCUGAGUGCUUCCUCUUCAGCUCCCUCGCGCACCGCACUGAUACCGGAGCCGGAAGAUGACGUCAUCUUCUGACGCCGGCAUCCCUAUGCGGCGUGCGAGGGAGCUGAAGAGGAAGCACUCACGCGACGGCCACCCAGACAGCCCGCUCGCCCGCCCGCUUGCCCGCCCAGCAGCACCACUGGACCCCAGGGAAUCCCCUAAGCUCUCCAAAAGGUAAGGAGGCUGGGGGGAUUAAAUUUAAAAAAAAAAAUUGUGUGUUAGUGUGUGUGUUUGUGUGUUAGUGUGUGUGUUAGUGUGUGUGUCAGUGAGUGUGUCAGUGAGUGUGUCUGUUAUUGGGUGUGUGUCUGCUAGUGAGUGUGUUACUGUGUGUGUCUGUUACUGAGUGUGUUUGAUGUCUGUUAGUGAAUGUGUGUUUGUCAGUGAAAGUGUAUGUUUUGUAAGUGAGUGUGUAUGUAUGUCUGUCGCUGAGUGUGUCUCUGUCAGUAAAUGUGUGUCUGUUAGCUAGUGUGUAUGCGUCUGUAAGUGUGUGUGUGUGUGUGUGUCUUCAGCACUUACCUUUCUCCAGCGCCGGACUCCCUUGGCGCUGAGGAUCCCUCAGCCUCUCAGCUCCGAAUGCGACCGCGCACGCAUUCAAACCGCCUAUAGGAAAGCAUUACUCAAUGCUUUCCUAUGGACGUUCAGUGUGCUCCUCUAGCGGCUGUCCGUGAGACAGCCACUAGAGGCUGGAUUAACCCUCAGUGAAACAUAGCAGUUUCUCUGAAUCUGCUAUGUUUUCAGCUGCAGGGUUAAAACUAGAGGGACCUGGCACCCAGACCACUUCAUUGAGCUGAUGUGAUCUGGGUGUCUGUAGUGGUCCUUUAAGUGUGUGUGCAUACCACGGUCGCAGGGUCGCAGCCCUGCAACCCCUGCGACCAGGUGCCCGCCGCCAUGUGUUGCGGACCCGACCCGCGCCGAGUAAGCGCGCGGGUGGGGUGGGGGGGGCCCACGGAUCAAUUUUCACACCGGGACCCCAUGGGUCAUGUGUACGCCACUGAGUGUAUCCUUUCAACCCAUUGUCUUGCAUUGACUUAUUUGCACUUUAAUAGUUUAAUAGAUCCAGCCUGAGACUCCACAGAAUCCUUAACUGGAUCCCCGAAUUACAGGAGGUGGGGAUUUGCAGAAAAAUGCUGUUAGACACUUUGUAGCAAUCAGAAACCGACUCACUAAUCCAACAUGGCACACACAGCAAAGGUAAUCUAAGCCUGAUGCUGUUAUUUAAUAUAACAUUUUAUUCACUUGGUAAAUGUCAGAAAACACAAGGUUUAGGGCUUUUUUCUGACACAGCGGCUGAGAUUACUUGCUUUGAUUUUUCCCCCUUAGUUCUUAAGGAGGUUACAUGCUAGGGCGACUACGUUGGGAAGUGUCGAUUUCAAAGUAAACUGUGAUGCUCUAACUUACAGGUUCCAACCAGAAUGAUCAUUUCAGAGGACGAUCUGUUGUUACUUUUGUACACAUUUCAGAGCCAAGCUACACAUUUUCAGUUCCCCUUGCAAAGGGAAGCAGGUACUCUUCAGCCUUGGGAGAAAUCAAGUUUAGUCGUUCAAGGUUUUAGCACACAGUUUACCCCUGCAGGGUGUCUUAGAUUUAUGAGGAGGGCUCUUAACAAAAAUUUUAAUAAAAGAAGAGACAUGUACAACUAUUGCCUAACCAAUGAGUAUCAAGGUAAGCAGAGUUUGGUACUGCUAGUAUUAAAAUUCAUGGCACUUGUCACGUGCAUUGACCAACUUGUUUUAAAGGAACAGGGUUAGGGAUACAAACAUGUAUUCCCAGCACUAUAGAGUUAGCCUAAAUAAAGUGUCCACACCCCUACAAUAGUUUAUCUUACCUUUACUCCAUUGAGGCACUGGUCUCACUGCAGCCACCCCACCACCUUGGCUGAGAUCAUUCAGACUGAUGAUCUCAGCCAAUCCAAUGCUUCCUUAUAGGGAAGCAUUGAGGGGCUAGUGGGCAUGCAUGGAAAACCGCCACACUUUGUCAAUCAAAAGCUAUCUAUGAGCAGAAUUUGAUUAAAUAACUGAGUCUGACUUGGUUAUUGAUUUUAAGCGACUCUAGUGGCUGUCAGGAAGACAACCUGCAAUCAAAACACCUACUAAACAUUAAAGUUUUAAAAGUAAACAGCCACUGCUCCCAGACCACAUUAUUGAGGUCCUUUAAAGGUUGUAUAUUUAAAGGGACACCCCAAGCACCAUAACUGUGGAAGACCGCCUGGCACCCCGACUGAGUACCUCCGCCAAUCACGCUUCUUAGUGCUCAUCAAGUACCAUAAGCACCGCAUUGGACACCAUAACCACUGUAGCCCCCUUAACCGCCGCAGGUUGGCUUGGGUCUCGCAGUCCCUUCCCACCCUGGACUAAACACCUGGAUACAGCUGCCAGUGGGAAGGCCUCUCCUCCAAGAGAGUAUCGCUGUAUAACUAGUAAAAGAGCAAGUGAUAUAGCAGUAUAGCUGUUCCCCCCACACAUUAGCCAAGGCUUAAUGAUGGGAGUCAUCUGUUUAUUAGAGGCCACAAGCCCAUGCAAGGAGUUUUUAAUACAACAAUACAGGAAAAACCCUCCCUUUAUAUUUAAAUUAUCUCUCAGGUACAAAAAAUAUACAAUUUACAAACAUCCCAAAAGUACCCCCAAAACACAUAAAAACCCCACAAACCACAAACCUCACAUCCCCUGAUAGCCCCUAUCUGGGUGACCAACAUAUCCAAAAAUCACCCAGAUCUGUUCAGGGGUUUAGGUUUUUCAUGGAAGUCAAUUAUUUGACCGACUGCACACAUGAUUCUAUGCCAAAAACAGUUCCAUGAAAUCAGUGCUAGCGGUCGGUCAACUUUGGUAACAUAAAACCGAAAGAAUUAACGAACGUAGUCUAUAUUUGAACCGUGGAGCUUGUUCCUCUCAUCCAGACAAAUGAUUCAACCGAACCGUGUUCUUCUAGGAUCUACAGAACCGAACGCAGGUGAUGAUGGAAGUCCAGCGGUGUUCAGGAGUUUCAGUGUCCGAUUUCAGUUCCAUGAACUCGACGACCAAACACCACUGCCUGCGUUCGCGGGAACAAGAUGGCUGCUGCCUCGUGGUUGUUCUUACGAACUGCGGCCACCCAGACAAACAAUUAGAAUACUGCGGCUAGAUUCGUUAAGAGGUGAUCAUAGGGCUUAACAAGCUCCCGUGUGGUCCAUAGUUCGUGCGUCUGUUCGGUUCCCGAACAGCAUGAGAAAAUGGCGCGAACUAGGUCUUUUCAUAUGGCUUUUAUAGGGCCCAUAGUUGUGCAGCAAGAGGCUUGCAAGCAGGCUCGUCCAGGAGCCCGUGGGGAGGUUGGUUUCGCCACAAUAACCACUACAUUCUAACUGUAGCGGUUAUGGUACCAGGAGGGCCCUGUCACCCUCCUUUACAAGUAGUCAAGCUGUUUUAAAAUAUCAUGACUUCUUAUGGGGUUCCCUAAGCAAGAGCUUCCAUUAGCUUUCCUGAGCAAUACAGGGCUAGAUCAUUUGCUGAGAGAGACAGCGCAGUCAAUGAUGUAACAAAGAAGUAUAAUCAGAUGAGAAAAAGUUUAUUUUUUUCAAGGAGUUGUCACUGAAUUGUGAGUGGUAGUGAGCUAGCAAUGAACUUUUAGAAUUCAAAAUAAACAAAAUGUCUAACUUGGUCUUUUUAAAUAUUUUUUUCACUCUGCUAAAUUGUUCCAGUUUGUAUAAGAUAAUAGUCAACUAACCAAUGCACCAUGAUUUCAACUUACUGAGUAGCCCCCUCUGUGAUAUAUUUAAUUAAAAAGACUCAAAGGUCCACAAUCUAUGUUUGAUACAUCUUUUAAAACAGCUCUGUCACCUUUUGUGACAUCCCAGUUAGGUUUGCGGUGGGUGAUGGAUGCAGCUGAGUUGGGCUCACCUUCUCCUUUCCAGGUGCCGCCAUCGUUUUUUUUCAGCAAUUUGUGCCUCAUGCACCUGGAGCCACAACACUGCUGUAUUUUUGUGCAUGUGCAAGAGUACAGUACGGAGGUCUCCAAAGGAUCCUGCAAUGCCGAGAAGGUGCCUGGGUCCCACAGCCAUCGUUAGUAACAGCUGUGGUAACUGGCAAAACUUGACUUUGGCCAAGUUUUGUCAACCUUCGAACUUUACCUUCAGACAAAUUAGUCCCUACUUUGUCUUGUGCUAUCUCUUGAUUGCGUUGGAAUUUCAGUGGAAUUCCAACACAGUCAAUAUAAGUAUUUCAUAAAGAUUUUAUCUUUAUGAAAUACUCAGAAAUGUUGUUGUGAUGACAGAGCCACUUUAACUGAGAUAUGAGAAUCAGAUGGCAUUUCAGUGAAUAAAUGCCAUCUGGGAUCAUAGAACUCAAUUAAGAUACUGAUCUGUGAAACAGAUUGGGCUUUAAAUAGAAACUAUGUUCUAUUUUUGUUUUGUUUUUUUACUUUUUUUUUAUAUGUCCUAUAAAACAUUACUAUAUCACACACGGCAUUUAAAUACACGAACAUGGGGCAUGUCCAUGACAACAUAUCUUUCACUUGGUAUUUAUUUUAUUCAUUGUAAUAGUGAAGUCCGGGGCGAAAUGUUGGAUACAAUUUGAGCCCUAGCUUAGCAGAGUGCCUUAGAGGUUCUUACGAUACAUUCCUUUUGUGGAUUUUAGCGUAGUGUGUGAAGUGUGACUUUUGACAUCUCAUGGGCCUGAUGACAAACUUCUGUCAUACUGUUCAGUCCCAGUAGGUGUCACUAGCAGAGCAACACCUGUGUUAUACAUCGCAUUAAUGCAUUUAUGAAUCAGCGACAGUGGCAUUAACAUGAUCCCUUGCAGUGUGUGAUUGUGUGCUUUUUACCAGUGCCACCUCGUCUGUGCUGCUCUGUACUUAACUAGGGUUUCAGUCUGCGAGAGCUCUGGCAAUCACACAGUACCUGAAUUGGCAACAGAGCCUUAGUGGCUCGAUACAAUGCUGCCAAAACAAAGAAACGACCAGCCAGCCAGAACUGGGACUGCUUCUGCGUGCCGUAGUAAUUAAAUAAUCACUGUACAAUGGGGCUGCAUCCAGCAGUCAUUCAGUCUCACAAUACCACUUGGGUGGAGAAUGAAUUACUGUUUGUCGUUGGUAAAUAUAUGACCUGCUUGUCUGUGCUUAAUAUCAAUGCUGGGCAUCAUAUAUCCCCAAUUCUUAACAAAUGUUCCACAGCUCGAUUCAGGUGUUGGCAUCACCAUGGCCAGUGUCUCUCAGCAAGUGGAAUGUUACAUAAAUUCUAUCAUGGAAAAAAUAUUUGUGUGUGCAUUACAAUAUUUAAUAGCUUAAAGUAAAGAUGGGUUUAAAAAGUUUUUUUUUUUAAAUAUUUAAUGUUUUUAUACAAUCAGAUAUAAAACAUACAGCAAAAACAAACAAAACAACAACAACAAAAAAAUACAUGAGGAUCCAAUACGUUAGUGAUCCAUACCGAACGCAAUGAGACUAAUAGCCUGCAAUACUACUGUUUUUAGUUGAUCGAUUUUGUAUUGUACAGUAAUCCAUGUGUCUUAAUGGUGUGGCGGGGGGGGGGGGAGGUGAAUGCACGAGGUGAGGUGACCCCGGUAACACAGGGUAAUGGGAUCAGGCAGUCUUAGUUUCUUAUUGGGCCAAUGAAGGGCAGAGACCUGUAUUGGGAUCCCCGGGCAGAACCAGAACUACUGUAGGGAAGGGAACGGGCACUAAAUAGGCUAAAUAAUGCCAUUACAUUAUCGGUUAACAUAGAGGUCCAAGCAACUAAUAAUUGGCGCCUAGGUGGAGGAGCUCAGGGUCCCAUUGUUCCUCCCAACGUUGAUCGUGGCAGGGAAGUGGGAUGAUGUUCCCCACAAUAUUCUGGCAAUUGGUAAGACCAGAAUUUCAGUACAUCCGACUGAGUCCAGAUGUUGUUUUUAUUCUCUACUUUUUCUUCACUUUACCCCUCCUUUUUUUCUCUUUACUCUUAUUCUGAGGGAUGGUGAGGGCGGGGGGCUAGCAGCGGUUUUCUCUCGGAGUCCUAACAGGGAGCGAGAUCGGACAAAGGUCAUAAGAACUAUAUAUAGACCCCUAAACCUACCGCCCGAUGGAGAUUAAGAUCACUUCCCUGAACGUUAAGGGACUUAACGCCCCAAAGAAGCCUCGACUCCUUUUCAAAGAACUGAAGAGAAUGAAAUCGGACAUUGCGUUUGUCCAAGAGACCCAUUUGCCAAAGCAGGCCAAGUUUCGGUUGAGAGACCACGCAAAUUCUGGUUCAUACGAGGCCAGGUCCCACUGCAAACGAAACGGGUGGCAAUUCUUACUAGAAGUAGCUGCCCCUUCCAUAAGACACAUUAUGAAGCAGACCCAGAAGGUCGUUUUGUUAUAGUUUCGGGAGUCCUACACUCGCAUACCAUUCAUCUGAUAAACAUCUACGCGCCGAAUCAGCCAGACCCAAGGUUUUGGGGAGUGCUUCGAGAGAAAAUAUCGGGGCUGCCCCACGGAAUGUCAUUUUUAGGGGGCGAUUUUAAUGCAGCCCCAUGCCUGGCGGUGGACAGGAGCUUGCGGAAGGGAACACCUAGAUCACAGGGUAGGGGCGGCCAGGACCAUCUACUUAAAGACUUCAUAGCCGAAACGGGAAUGGUAGAUAUAUGGUGAGCUCAUCAUCCAGGGGAUAAAGAUUACUCUUUCUACUCAGCUCCCCACGGAACGUACUCGAGGAUAGACCUCUUCUUGGCUAAUGCAGCAGGCAUGUCCCGAACAGUAGGGUCACAGGUGGGCAACAUAUUUCUUGGUCAGACCACGCAGAUAUAUCCAUCACUUUGGGUAACCUAUGCGUUGCCUCACAUUGGACAUGGAAACUGAACACAUCACUGCUUCGAGAUCCGAAGAUACUGGAACAGACUAGGAAAGGAAUAACAGAUUAUUUCGAGUUGAACACCACCCCCAAAGUGAACGCAAGCACGAUUUGGGCGGCUCACAAAGUGGUUAUUAGAGGGACCCUGAUUAAACUGGCCACCAGAAGAAAGAAAAUGAAGCACCAAAAACUGGAGACUUUGCUGGGACAACUGAGAUCCCUUGAACAAAAACACCAAACUGUGCCAACAGAGGGCACUCUCAGGCAACUGGAAGCAGUUAGACGGGACAUCCGAACUCUACUACUCGACGAUACGGCUAGAUCCAUGGCUUGGUCAAAAAGGACUUUUUUUGAAAAAGGCGAACAUGAUGGACACCCUCCUGGCCAGGACGCUUCGGUCGAGGCAGGAGAGGUCCCACAUAACGGCAAUCAAACAUCCGGAUGGCACGAUGAGAUCAAGACCAGUUGAGAUAGCGAAGAUCUUCGAAGAUUUUAAUAAAAGAUUGUAUAACCACACGCCGAGCGGAAGCCCCCACGGGGAGCAUGAGGAGGAGUAUAUAUUGCAAUAUUUGGACAAACCAGGGUUGACCAGAUUGAGUGGAGAGGCAAUAAAGGCAAUAAAGCACCAGGACCAGACGGAUUCGAUGGCUCAUAUUACAAAAUAUUCAGAGAGGUGCUAACACCUCAACUGGUCCGUCUUUUUGAUAACCUACGGCAGGGCGGACAAUUAGACCCUGACAUGUCACUGGCGACCAUAGUACUGUUGCCCAAGCCCGGAAAGGAUCCGCUAUACCCAGAAAACUACAGGCCCAUAUCAUUGAAGAUCUUGGCGAAAAUACAAGCAGACAGACUGAAUCCGUUGUUGAACUCUCUUAUUCAUGCAGACCAGGUUGGAUUUAUCCAAAGUCGACAAAAGUCGACAAUUGUUUGAAAACACUAGAAGGAACAUCGAUUUGAUUUGGAAGCAAGUGGCUUCAGGGACCCCUACGUUAGUGGUAUCUAUAGAUGCAGAAAAAGCCUUCGAUAGAGUCCGGUGGCGAUUUCUAUUUCCAGUCUUGAAGAGUUGGGCUUCCCAGAAGAAUACCUAACAAUAACGAGAGCGAUGUAUCACAACGUACGGGCACAGGUACAGAUAUGUGGAGCCCCACUGCACCCUUUCAAGCUAUACAAUGGAACAAGACAGGGUUGCCCACUCUCUCCCCUUCUUUUUGUAUUAGCACUUGAGCCCUUGCUUCAAGCGGUACGCCGGCAUACGAACAUUGCAGGUGUUAGGGUGGGAGACAAAGAGUUUAAAGUGUCAGCCUACGCGGACGACGUCCUUUUGACCAUCACGACCCCACUAGAAUCAAUGGUGGCAAUAAAGGAAGUUAUAACAGAAUACGGCAUGGUAUCAGGAUAUAAAGCGAACAUUCAGAAGUCCAGCGCCCUCCCGAUCUGCCUGACGCAAGCUGACACAGCUCGGUUACAGGAGAUCUACCAAAUUCGAAUGGAAACAGACUCCCUGAAGUACUUAGGAAUUCAUAUGACAGUGGACCCCGGGCGUUUAUACCCGGCUAACUACGCCCCGAUGCUCAGAGAGUUGAUGGGAGACCUAGACAAGUGGACAGAAAAACCCAUUUCCUGGAUUGGCAGGAUCAAUUCAGUAAAGAUGAACAUCCUUCCACGCAUAUUAUUCCUCUUUCAGGCGCUGUCCAUCCGAGUCACAAAGACGCAACUGAUCCCCCUGCAAAGAUCUAUAGGAGACUUUAUUUGGCAGAACAAGAGACAUAGAAUCUCCAAACAGAUAUUAUACAGACGUAAAGAUAGAGGGGGCUUGGACCUCCCGAAUCUCUACUUUUACUACCUAGCGGCUCAAUUGACGCAGAUAGCCAUGUGGCACUCCACACCGGAUGAGAGAAGGUGGGUGGAAAUUGAGUCUAUGCUGGUGGGUGUCGAUGUUCCCCAGUUUACGAUAUGGGUCCCCAAGAAACACAGACCGGCGAUACGGAUAACAUGCCCAGCGAUACUUAACUCGAUUCGAAUAUGGGACACAUGUAACACCAAAUAUGGGCUGGCAUCAUCCCCCUCCCCCUUGACCCCAAUUCUUAGAAACAGAGAAUUCCCGCCUGGCAUGACCCCCAGAGAUUUUCGCAAUAUAGAAAGAACAGGACUACAAUGGCUACACCAGCUUUAUCAAAAUGGGGAGGUUGUACAAUUUGCAGAUCUCCAAUCAGGUAAUCACCCUGUGGAUUUUUUUAGGUAUGUUCAAAUUCGUGAUUUCGCUAAAAAACCACACAUUAAACCAGCAGCCUUGGGGAAACCCACCUUCUACGAGAGGUUAUGUUCGGAUGGGGUAGCCCCCAAGGGGAUGAUCACACUAUUAUAUGCUCACCUUAGUGAAGAAAAUGGAGAAUGGGGAAGAUUGACAUACACUGACCAAUGGGAGACCGACCUCGGGGAGAUUAUGGAGGGUGUCGAGUGGCAGGAGAUAUGGGAGGCGAAUGCUAAAGUCUCAAUAUGUGACACCUUCCAGGAGCAGGCAUGGAAAACUAAGUUUAGGUGGUAUACUACCCCAGUCAAACUACAUAGAAUGCACAAACGGGAGACUGACGAUUGCUGGAGGGGAUGUGGAGCCCGAGGAACAUACAUCCACAUGUGGUGGGAAUGCCCGAAGCUACGGGGAUUUUGGAGGUCCGUGGAGGAACUGUUAAGACAGACGUUUGAUAGACCCCUAAAAAUGGAUCCGUGGAUAUACUUGUUGAAUAGAUCUGUGGACGGGUGGACCAAAAGGGAACAGAAAUUGGUACACAAGAUUACUCUGUGUGCACGCCGAGCAAUUGCGACAGCAUGGCUUUCACCUGAGGUCCCAGAAUUCACAGGGGUUAUUUCCAGAAUCAAAGAAUGUAGAAUUAUGGAUGAUCUAACGGCUAGGGUGAGAGGGACCAUCGCGACAUUCCAAAAAACCUGGGAACCAUGGGACAAUAGUAUAGUUGGCUCGAGAAGAGACUGAGGGCCUCCCACCUCCGGGUAUAAACCUAAGAUGUAAACACCCCCAUUGAAAGUGACUUGAUUGUCAACGUAGUGGCUGCGAUACCCCUCCCUCCCCUCGACCCCCCUCUCCCUUUUCUAUCUCUUUAAGCUCUACUUCUCCUAUCUCUUUUCUCUUCUUCUUUCUCUCUUCCUCUCUCUUUGUUUUUGUUUUGUUUUUUCCAGGCAAGAUCACACGGUCGGAGGAAUAAUGUAGCUCAAGUACUAGUUUGAUUAGCAAAUAUAACGGCUACUUGUACUCAGUGGCGUACACAUGACCCAUGGGGCCCCAGUGCGAAAAUUGAUGGCGGCGGGCACCUGGUCGCAGGGGUUGCAGGGAGGCGAUGAAAAGGCUAAUUAAGGUUUUAUGAAAACAAUGUCAUUUUAAAAUGGAAAAUAGAAAAAAGAAACUACUUCAGGGACGUCAGACCUAUUAUCUUCAAUGAAAAAACUAAACUUGAAAUAGCUAUGGGGCCAUGUCAGAUUUUGUCCCAUUACAUUUCAUUGCAGGCCAGACUCAUUCUAGACAGUACUCACAUAAAACAGGAAGCCAACAAUUUUUACAAAUGUCUUUCUUUCCAUAAUUGCAAAUGAGGCUUAGAAAAUGUUUUGUGUGUUAUUGAUGAACUAACUAAUCUAUUCAACUAAUACUUGUUGAAUAGAUCUGUGGACGGGUGGACCAAAAGGGAACAGAAAUUGGUACACAAGAUUACUCUGUGUGCACGCCGAGCAAUUGCGACAGCAUGGCUUUCACCUGAGGUCCCAGAAUUCACAGGGGUUAUUUCCAGAAUCAAAGAAUGUAGAAUUAUGGAUGAUCUAACGGCUAGGGUGAGAGGGACCAUCGCGACAUUCCAAAAAACCUGGGAACCAUGGGACAAUAGUAUAGUUGGCUCGAGAAGAGACUGAGGGCCUCCCACCUCCGGGUAUAAACCUAAGAUGUAAACACCCCCAUUGAAAGUGACUUGAUUGUCAACGUAGUGGCUGCGAUACCCCUCCCUCCCCUCGACCCCCCUCUCCCUUUUCUAUCUCUUUAAGCUCUACUUCUCCUAUCUCUUUUCUCUUCUUCUUUCUCUCUUCCUCUCUCUUUGUUUUUGUUUUGUUUUUUCCAGGCAAGAUCACACGGUCGGAGGAAUAAUGUAGCUCAAGUACUAGUUUGAUUAGCAAAUAUAACGGCUACUUGUACUCAGUGGCGUACACAUGACCCAUGGGGCCCCAGUGCGAAAAUUGAUGGCGGCGGGCACCUGGUCGCAGGGGUUGCAGGGAGGCGAUGAAAAGGCUAAUUAAGGUUUUAUGAAAACAAUGUCAUUUUAAAAUGGAAAAUAGAAAAAAGAAACUACUUCAGGGACGUCAGACCUAUUAUCUUCAAUGAAAAAACUAAACUUGAAAUAGCUAUGGGGCCAUGUCAGAUUUUGUCCCAUUACAUUUCAUUGCAGGCCAGACUCAUUCUAGACAGUACUCACAUAAAACAGGAAGCCAACAAUUUUUACAAAUGUCUUUCUUUCCAUAAUUGCAAAUGAGGCUUAGAAAAUGUUUUGUGUGUUAUUGAUGAACUAAUAUAUUGAUCAUGCUGUUUAAAUAUAUUUGCACACCAUGACUUCCAUUUAACGUUUUUGGACAAGCUUAUCAAAUGAUUUAAUAUUUGAAAAAUAUAAAAAAAUUGUGCUACAUGGUUGGUUUCUCUAAAGUGGUAAUAACGAUCAAAGCCAGCUAUGGGGUUUGAGAUGGUUUAAUUCCAUUGUUACCUUGCUGAUUAUCAUCGUCUUUGUUUUUCUAUUUCAUCUGUAUCUAAUUUACGUGAGUAUAAAGAUUGUAAAAAAUAAAAUAAAAAUUAUAUAUUAAUAUUAUUUUUAUAUAUCAUGUAUUUUAUAUAUUUUAAUAUUUUGAGAGAAAAAAAUAAUUUCAAAAGCUGAUCCAAAAAUAUUAAGUCAAGGCAUAUUUUUGAGAAAUCAGUGUUUUAUUUCUGUGGAACAGUACGUUUAAGAUAGGACCAUUCAUAAUAAUAAUUUGUUUAUUCCAUAUUUUCAUGAAAUCCCUCACAUACCACCUUCUUCUCUACAUAGUACCACUUAUAUAGACAAAAUUAUUAAAAUAUAACAUUUAAUAGGUUCAAUUAAAAUUCUAAGUGACUGAAAGACACGGUAACACAGUGGGAAAAAACAACAAAUGUGUAGAGAAUCCGCUGCGUACAAUUGCUAUAUAGACUAAAGAAUGUGAGUGGUAAAGCCACUAGGAUUAUAAAUAGAAAUAUACUGCUAGAUUGCCAUAUCGGAGAUAUGUUGUAACAAAAAAUAAUGUUAAAAAAAUAAUAACAAUGAAACCAGGUCCCAGAAUAGAAAGCGCAACACAGAAACAACAUAGCAAUCUACAACGAUAAUCAGUGCAGGUACUACAUAUCUCGUUUAUAGCAAGUGAAAAAUUGUACUAGAUGAAUCUUAAAGACGGGGGGAUAUCACCUAAAUGUCUAGAAAAAAUAAACAUCUAGGACACGGGACAAUAUUCCUCUAGUACCAGUAAAUAAAUUAGCAAAAGCGAAUAUACUAUGAGAGUAUAGAUAGAGCAAUGUUAGAAUAAGUAGGUAGAUUACAGAAGGAACAUAGGGUACCUUGUAAAAAGAUUAACGAUAUAAGGUAGAGCGGAACUAAGGUAUAAGUUAGCGAAAAGUAAUCCUUAAGUCUGUGUCUUCGAGGGCACCUAAAUGUCUGCUAAGAGCAGGCUUCCUCAAACUUCGGCCCUCCAGAUGUUGCUGAACUACAACUCCCAUAAUUCUAUGAAUGAAAAAGAUAGGCUGAGAAUCAUGGGAGUUGUAGUUUAGCAACAUCUGGAGGGCCGGAGUUUGAGGAAGCCUGGCAUGACUACCCAAUACCUAUUAGUUUUAUGUGAGACCCUAAAUCUGUGCCUUCAAGGGCACCUAAUGAACUGUCAAAAUAGAAAAUAGAAAAUUGUCUAAAGCCUAAUAGCUGCUAUCUAUACAGAAAGGUAAAGUUAGUACACCCUUUCCCUGCUGGCCUCUUUGAUCAAAUUUCCAAGAUAGGAUGAAUACAAAUUGUCAAAUAAUAUCGAUAUAGAGCAACAGUGUCUGUCAGCAGGGUAGGUGUUAGACCAUGGGUCGUCAGCCUGGUCCCUACCGCCCACUAGUGGGCGUUUCAGGAUUCCAGGUGGGCGGUAGGGAUUUUGGCGGCUAAAUCCUCUUUUUGAGAGGGUUUCUCCUUUUGGGCGGGCGCAAGUGGCUCUGCGGGUGCAAGUUUUCAGUGACCGGCAUGAGGGAAGCGCUCCUUCCUGCCAGGCCAUCUUCUGGACCCCCCGGUGUGGUGUGCGGCAGUGGUAAGAUCAGACGCGGCGAGGGAGCUCUAACCUCUCUGCUCUGCUCCCUCUCGCAAUGUUUGCUGAUGCCGCGGUAGCUGGAAUAUGACAUCAUAUUCCGGCUCCCGGCAUCAGUAGACAGCCUGCGAGGGAGCAGAGCAGAGAAGUUAGAACUCCCUCGCCGCGUCUGAUUUUACCACUGGACCCCAAGGACAGAUUCACACCAGCUCUCCAGGUAGGGAGACUGGGUGGACAUUUAAUAUUAAUAAUUUGUGUGUAUGUGUGUGUGUCUGUAAGUAUUUGUGUGUGUCUGUAAGUAUAUGUGUGUGUCUAUAAGUGUAUGUGUGAGUGUGUCUGUAAGUAUAUGUGUGUGUGUCUGUAAGUAUGUGUGUGUGUGUGUAAGUGUAUGUGUGUGUCUGUAAGUAUAUGUGUGUGUCUGUAAGUGUAUGUGUGUUUGUAAGUGUAUGUGUGUGUGUCUGUAAGUGUAUGUCUCUGUAAGAGUAUGUGUGUUUGUGUCUGUAUGUGUGUCUGUCUGUUAGUGUAUGUGUUUCUGUAAGUGCAUGUGUGUGUGUAUGUUUGUCUGUGUUUCUCUGUGAGUGUGUGUCUGUGAGUGUAUGUGUCUGUAAGUGUAUGUGUUGUGUUUGUCUGUGAGUGUGUGUGUCUGUAAGUGUACGUGUGAGUGUCUCUGUGUGUUUGUCUGUGAGCAGAGUACUUGUACAAUAGAAGAAAGAAGGAGCAGAGUAUUUAUAAAAAGGAGAAAGAAGGUGCAGAGUACUUGUAGAACAGGAGAAAGAAGGAGUAGAGUACUUGUAAAAAAGGAGAAAGAAAGAAAGUAAAGGAAAAGGAGAGAAUUGUUGUUGGCUAAUAAUAGUAAGUGGGCUCCCUAGCUCAGUCUUCCUACUGGGCAUUGCUAUAAGGAAGGUUAAAAAAUAGAAAAAAGGAAGAAAUAAAAGGUGGGAUGGGGAAUUGAGGAGGGAGAGGAGGGGAGCUGAUGCACAGAUGAGAAAUCAUAUUAUGCUCAAACAGAGAAGUCGUCUGAAUAUCACCGAAAGAGGAGACCUUCAUUUGUUCUUUACAAAAAUCGAACCAGAUAUCAAAUAUUUAGUCUCUCAGCAUCAACCUCAAGGAUCUCAUUAAUCACUAGUAAAGAUAAUUUCAAUUUACUUUAUUGCUUUCUCAUUAAACUUUAUAAAGUUAAAAACAUUAUAAACAUGAAUAAAGUAGAAAUAAAAAGAUAAAUGUACGUACAUUUUUUUUUUUUUUUUAAAACACCCUCCUUUCUAAAAAAUAUUCUGCACUUGCGUGAAAACUGGUGGGCGGUAAGGAAAUUUUUCUAUCAAGAAAGAUGCAUUAGUGGGCGGUAGGUAGAAAAAAGUUGACUACCACUGGGCUAGACUAUAAAUCCAUAUUUGUUACUUUUUGUUCAUAUUGUUUUUUCAUGCUUACUGUACACAAUUGUUUCCAUGUGUCUCUAUCAUUUCUUGAAUUCUGUGCAAUAAACAAUGAAAUACAAAGAAAAAGAAAACAUGGCAUAACAUUGUCUAUGGAAGAAGCAAAUGCAGGAAGAUAGGAAUAGGAUAGUACCAUUAAAACAAAAGGUGAUUUAUAUUUUAUCUAUACUAGAUAUCAUGUAGCAGAUAAAACCGUCAUUACUGAUUUCCUUCUGGCUCUGUGGAAUUGACGAGUGACUAUUCCAGCCCUGUUUAUACAGACAGUGUAAGUGUGUGGGCCACUGAGGUUUUCAUGCUUGGGUAAGAGGGAAAAAUUCACCCCUGGCUCUAUUGGCUAUUUAAAUAUGCACACAGAUGUUGUUUGAAACACUUGGUUUGUAAUGUGUGUAAACAGAUUGUAAAACUCUUCUAAAAACAGAGAUGGAAAGCCUCUGGCAAGGGAGUUAAUGCAGAGAGCUGGCCAAGAGUCUAGAGAGUUGUCAUCCACAGCAGCUGCAUUUACCUGGGGAUCUGUAUCCAGGUGUCCACCCACCUACCUAAAUAAGUCGAAAAUUUCCUCAAAUCAUUACACUAGCAGCAGCAGCCUGAACCAAGGUAGGAUGGAUUCCUGAAUUCAUGUAAUCUACACCAAAAUCAGAUCCUAGCUUUGCAUACCUCAGCAGAAAUUGAUAUUUGUCAGACCUGGUAACCUUUUUUCAAUCUAUAAUUAUCCUUUUUUUUUCAUUCUUGCCUACUGUGAUGGAGCUUCUGUUCUCCGACCGAGUACUACCCAAUCUGCUUCCUAGCCGCUUGCAGGGACCCUAACGCUUCUGCCCCAGUCACCAAAGCUUGACUGGGGUAGCUCAGGAGCUCUUUCACCUGACCAGGCUGCAGCUCUCCCUCCAGGAUGGUAUCGUCCCCUCUGCCUAUUCCACUGCAGUACUUCUUCCAGGCAAGUUUCGUCCCUCCUGCCUAUUCCACUGCAGCAGGUAUCCACCUCUUCCUGCAAUGUGAUUGCUACUGCCUUUACAGAGGCCUUUACAGAGGCCUUUACAGAGGCACUUACGACUCUCAGGCCUAGCUCUCUUGAUUUAUCCCAGGGCUAAAGGUAUCCUGCAGCCAGCCAACGGGUUUGAAGACUCUGUCACUGGGAUUGACAGAGGAAACCCAGUAUCAAAUGGAACUAAAAUACACUACCUUAUUUCAACUCAGGACUAACCCACAUAUUCACCACACCUAGAUUGCUGUGACAACUUUAAUAAAAAAACAACCAACCAAACCAUCGCAGACAACAUACAGCAACUUAUUAUGACAUAAUGACAUAUCCAUAAGGGGGUGGGGAAGACAAUAAUCAACACAAUAUAUCUCUUCUGCCUGUAGAAUUAGCAAUAUGCUAAUCUAUUCGAACAUGCAAAGUAACAAACCUUGACACCUAGGCAGUGCACACAGCCACAACCACCAACAGAGGGCACUAUACAGUCUCAACAGCCAAUUCCACCCAGUUGGUAGCAAGCAUCAGCAGGACAAGAGAGCACACAAACAAUACAUACAUAAUACACAUACAAUACACACACCUGCACCUACAAUGGGCACAGGGUGACUUAAACAUAGGAUUCAUCCAGGGAUCCAAUUGAAGUGUCCAUCUUGUGUUCGCAGCGAUGGUGACUACUGUCACCUUCUUUGUUUUGUAGUUGAUGGAAGGCUUCAAGAAUCAAAAUCUGCAGAUGUCGCCCAUUUGCUUUAAGGUUUCAUGUAAGUUAAUAUCUUCUGCAAACUAAAGUUGGAAAAUGUUAAAUCAACUUUAUGAUCGAAAUACUCACAUUGACUGUGCUAGAGGGUCACUGAAAUUCCAUAACAGUCAAAAGAUAUACUAAGACAAAGUAGGGACAAGUUUCACAUUUUGUCAAGGCCUUGGCCGUUACUAGUGAUGGCUGUAGAGGAAAAAUACAUUGUCUAUGGAGACUCCGGCAAUCUUACAGGAUCCUCUGUACACAUCUGUGUUGUACUCUUGGGCAUACGCAAGCGUACAGCACUGAUGUAAGCUCUGGCAGAUAAAGAGGAUCCAGCAGAAGAAGGGACAGCUUGAAGGGACAGCUUCAGGUAAGUAAAACCUUCCUUUCACUGCAACCCUGGGCCACCUACCGCCAUUGUCAUCGUCAGUAACAGAGCCACUUUAACAAGGAAACUGAACAUUUUAGGUCAAAACCACAUACUGUACCGGAAAAAAAUUCUAUCUACCUAUUUUUCCAGCAUAGAUCUUUUGGGGUGAAAUGUGCAAUUCUUAUGUCAGCAGUUCCCACGCUAGUGAAAAGCUCUGUGUUUGUUUGUUUUACAUACCAUAUUUUGUAAACUCUAGUGAAUGAAAAUCUCUGGAGAUCAAAUGGUUCUCAGAUGUUCGAUUCACCUCAUCUGGUUUAAACAAUCAUACUGCAGCAGAUGUUUUGUCCACAUGACUUCUUCAGAGGACAUUUUGUUCAAGUAACUUCAUAUUUCAGGAACAAUUAAACUUCUUGACCAUGCCUGCAUAAAUUAUAUGUUAAGCUCAUUCACUAUUUUAUUUAUUUUAAUGGUCGUGUCUACCUUCUAAAUAUAUAGCAAAGAUGGUCUUGGCACUCAAGGGUUCAUCAGUAGGCAAUUUUAGUAGAAUUCCGUGUAUCAAAAAAGCAGCAAUGUUUUGAUACAUGGGAUUCCAUUAAAGAAACAAAAUAUAUCUAUGGAUAGGGCUAAUUGUCAGAUUCCACAGAAAAAAAACACCUUUAUUGACACUCCAGCAGUGUCAUAUGGGGCUUAACCCCUUCUCAUAGAAUAUUGGAAAAAUUCACAGAUCUGGAGAGACCCCUCAGAUGUGUAAAUGAUGACUGGAAAUUUGAAUGAAUGGUUAAUAUCAACAAACAAAAAUAAAAAUAGUUGGUGAAUAUAUCAGAAACAAAUCAAAAAACGAUCAAUACAUAAACCUCCACAGCUUGAAUAGCUGUACCUCCCUGAUGUCUAUGUUAGUUAGUGUCAAAUCAGACUCCUGAAUUUAAUGUUAUAUUUUUAGUGUCAAUGUCUGAAAUACAUAAAGAUACAAAUAUCAUAGACAGCAAUUCUAAUUAUACACAGCAUUUGUGUCAAAGUAUCAAGUGCUCGGCAAAAAAGCAACAAAAUAAUGCUGCUGCCUUGUUGUUUAAAUUAUGCUGUGUUAUUCCUAUAAACUCUAUGGGGUGAAAAUAACCUGUUAAAUGCUGAUCAGCAGGCUUAUCAUUCAUAUAAUUGUAUGUGGGAUUGACUUCAUUGUCUAGAUACCCAUCAAAUACAAGAUAUUCAGUCCGUAAAAAUAAAGUGAAAAAUUGACGGACUGAUCGUGACUACCUGUGAUGUUAGAUAUAGAAACAGGUAUGUUAUAAUUCACUUCCCCAUAGUGUAUAGACAGAAUAUGCAAGAGGAAAAGAAAAGAUAGAACAAUUAGUGCGUGCUAAUGUGCAGGACCAUACUUAGAAUGUUGGUCCUUGCACAUGUGACAGUGUGCCCUGUGAAGUGAGGAAGAAAGAAAAGAACCCGACGCGCGUUUCGGUGCCACUAGCGUGCACCUUCGUCAGGGGCUGGAGGUUUAUGUAUUGAUCGUUUUUUGACUUGUUUCUGAUAUAUUCACCAACUAUUUUUAUUUUUGUUUGUUGAUAUUAACCAUUCAUUCAAAUUUCCAGUCAUCAUUUACACAUCUGAGGGGUCUCUCCAGAUCUGUGAAUUUUUCCAAUAUGGGAUUCCAUUAAUACUGCCUAUUGAUUAACCCUUUAGUACCCAGACCAUCAUUGCUACAUGUGUAUGGAGGUUGUACCUACCUCGGUACCUUCUUAAUAAAGUGACACGCACGGGGCAAAUACCCCCAUGUUAAUUAUACAUUAGAUUACAAAUACCUGUAUAAUACCUUUAUUUUCAAAUAUUUCAUUUGAUUAAUAAUACUGAUUCAAAUGUAAUUUUUGGUUGUAGGGGGUUUCCUCUCAUUCCACCGUUUGUCUGCUUUAUCCCAUCGCAUCUCACUUUAUCAGAUUUCUCUCCCCUUGUCUUUUUCCUUCUUUAACGCAUAUCUUCAACUGUUCUCUUCCUUCUAGCAUUAUUGCUGCUCCUCUUACGUGUCUUAAAAAAGCCAUCUCUUGACCUGUCCUUUCCAUCUACCGUCCUAUAUCCCUGCUCUCUUUUUUCUCAAACCUUCUAGAAUAACUUGUCUUUACCCGGCUUUCUAUCUCAAUUUUAGGUCAAAACCACAGUCCAGACAAAAAUUUUAUCGACCUAUUUUCCAGCACUGUACUGAGACUACUCUGAUUAAAGUAACAUAUUACCAAAUCACAGCUAAAUCCAAAGGCCACUACUCUAUACUAAUUCUUCUUGACCUUUCUGCUGCUUUGACAUUUUUGGUCAUGGCCACCUUCUUUAAGCUCUUCAGUGACACUGUCCUCUCUUGGUUCUCCUCCAAUCUCGACCAACGUUCACUCAGUGUCUCCUUUUAUAAUGUCAACUCCUCGUCUCGGUUGGAGUCCCUCAAAUCUCUGUUCUUGGUCCCCUUUUGUUUUUUCUUUAUACUGCCUCCCUUAAGAAAAUGAUUAAUUCCUUUUGAUUCCACUACCACCUGCACGCUGAUGACACCCAGAUAUAUCUCUCCUCUCCUGAUCUCUUCCCCACUGUCCUAGAACACCUCACUGGAUGCUUUUCUUGUCCCUCUUUACAUUGGCUUCCUGUACCCGGUAGGAUUCAAUUCAAAAUACUAACCCUUACCUAUAAAGCUCUAAACAACUCUAGCUCCUGUUACAUUUCUUCAUUAAUUUUUAGGUAUGUCCCUUCUCGACCUCUCUCUAUGCCGGUGCUCACAUCCUUAGUGCUAACUCGCGCUUGCAAGACUUCUCGUGGCCGGCUCCUUUCUUUUGAAACAGCCUACCUGCACCCGCCCGAUUCUUCCUUGGUCUUCAAUCAUUUAAGAUGUCCCUCAAAACCCAUCUCUUCAGAAACGCUUAUGGCCUCCUAAUGUAACUUCUAUUUCACAAACCUGUCUCUUGCUCUGUCUUAAAAGGCCCACACUCAACUCUCACAUUCCAGUUCUGCUACUUUCCCACCUUGUCAUUUGGUUGCUAUCCCCUACGAUGCCCUUCCUAUUGUGUUUUUAUACUCCACCUCCUCUAAACUGUAAGUUCGUUUGAGCAAGGUCAUCAUCAACCUAUUGUUCCUAUAACAUUCUGAUUUAUUGUCUGUUAGUUAUUGUCUGAUUUAUUGUAGAAUUUUCCCCUUUAUAAUAUUGUAAAACGCUGCUGAAUAAUUUGGCACUAUAUAAAUGACAAAAUUAAUAAUAUUAUUACGUAAGUUGCAUAAGCCUGAUCUUGGCCCUUUUUAUGUUUUACUGAGAAGAAAUCAUUGUUCCUUUCUUUAUUAUUACAAAUAAAAUAUACUUUUUACAAGCACAGAAGUCGUGCCCAAUAACCAUUAUCCUUAUUGCAGUGUUUUAUUGCAUCCUGUUUGAAGUGUCUCCGGCAAAUUCCAUUCCACACCCUAAUUUCACUAAUGGGGAAAGCACACAUUUGCAAUAAUCAGCUCCCUGGAACCUCAAAAUACUUUAACCCCUCCCAGGCUGGGAAGACAAUGAAAGCUUUCUUGGCAUUGAUGUAGAGACUAUAUUUGGAACAGUAUACUGGAUGUUUCUUAAGCCUGGGUGAUAGUAUGCCAGUUUGCUAAUGCUGUAAUGAUGAAGCACUCAUAACCAUUCUAACAAUGAACUUUCAAAAACAGUUGUUCUGGAGUCUAUAACCUGUCUCUGUCUAUUUUUGUAGCAUUGUAAAAUUGUCUUUCAAUGAUGGCCACUAGAGGUGCUUCCCGUGUAGGUGCACAAUGCGCAUUACCUACAUUCAGCAUCUCCACGCUCUGCAUGGAGGCACUGAACAUUCGCCAUAGAGAUGAUUGAUUGGCGCAGCAUGGUAUUUUUCUGCGCAUGCGUAAUAGCCUUCCAAAUGUUUCCUAUGGGAAAGCAUUGGAUUGGCUGAGAUCAUCAAAAGUGAUGAUCUCAGAAAUGGAGGCGGGACCAGGCAAGGCCAGCCACAGAGAGUGGUGUCGGAGAAAACAUUAGUAAAGUCACCUUUAAUCUCUGGAGAGAGGGGGUCCAGAGACCUAAUGCUGCGUUCUAGCACUAUAGUGUCAGGAAUACAUGUCUAUAUAUAUAUUUUUUAGUGCUUCUCCUCUUUUUCCCUCUAUUGCUUACAUCUUCCCACUUGAUGUGGGAAACAAAUGGUUUGAAAAUUCUCCUAUCACUGUCCUGCAAAAUAUGCCCAUAAUAUUUAUAUUUUGCAAUACACUUUAUUUAACAGUGGGCAAUGGCAUAAUUGCCUGAAAUAUAAAAAAGUUUCCAAGUGAAUCGAUUUGUACCCAUCAAAUUAUUUUGCUGGGCACAAGUCUACUUCUGAUGACUUUUGUCCAAGCCAAACAUAUAGAGAAACAUGGAGGAAAUGCUUGGCAAUCGCCACAUUCCACCAAUCAAAUUCUUUAUGAACAGAGGCAUGGGGGAACAUGCUUGGUAAUCACCAUAUUCCACCAAUCAAAUUCUUCCUAUAGAGAAGCAUGGGAGAAAUGCUUGGCAAUCACCACAUUCCACCAAUCAAAUUCUUCAUAAAGAGAAGCCUGGGGGACAUGUUUGGGAAUCACAACAUUCCACCAAUCAACUUCUUUUUAUAGAGAAGCACUAAGUAAAUGCACUUUACACCAUCAUACUGUGUAUGUUGAGGCCUAAACUACUAAAUGUAUGAUUUAGGCAAAAUGUGAGCAUUGAUGUUUUUCAGAAAAGGCAUUGCCAGAGAAAUCGUACAGCAUCUAAUGCACCACAACCCCUACAUUACAUUAAUAUGAAGUGGUUGUGGCAGACUUUGCCACCUAUUUCAUGUUUUGUCCCCUUAUUUUGUGUGUUUUACCCAUUUUCCAUUCGGGAGUACUUUAUACGAACAAUAUCCAUUUGUUUCCUGAACAAGGACCUCCACUAUACCCCAUUAGAAAGUUCACACCAGCAACUUAGUGCAAAACCGCAAGGUAAGUAAUUAAUGAAUGCUACCACUGGUUGGCCACCAUUUCGUGUAAUCUUGUCUCCCGAAUGUGUGCAGCAAUACUCGUCGAGUGCCUGGAACUUUUUUCGGCUGGGUACUCGCAUGAACGCUGGUAAAACUUAGACCGCUAUCUGUUCUAUUUCCCGACCACCUACACGAACUAUGUUUUGGGAGAAAUGAACUACUGAACAGGGGUAGCAUUUGUAUCCUAAAAUGAAGAGAUUCCCUUGCUUGGUGUUUGCACAGGAACUCCAUAAACAGACACCUAUUCUCCUGGAACUGUUUUGGGCUAGCGUCUCGCAUCUGGCCAGUCAAACCUUUACCUCGAUGGCAUUCCCGUUCCACCAAACCGAUCUGAGUGAUCUUUGGAUAUGUUAUACACUCAGAUCGGGGCUAUCCGGGGAUGUACUUUUGUGGGGUUCCUGAGUAUGGUCGGGACACUUUUGGUGUACUGUAUUUUUGUAUGGAUUUUCUGUACCUGAGAGAUAAUUGGAUUAGAGGUUUUUUUCGCAAUUAUCUCUCAGGCACAGAGGAUCUUGGGAUUGAAACCCCUGUUUUAUUGUAUUGUAAACCACAUGUAGGAGACUGGGCAUAAAAGUCCUGUGUGACCAAAUAAACCUCAGUUGACUCCCAGAACUGUGUGUCAUCCAGUUACUGCGCUUCUCUUCCAGCUCCAGAGGAUUACAGAGGAGAUAUUCAGUCUCAGCAUUGCAGAUCCGCUACAGUGGUUUUGGUACUUCAGUGUCUCUUUUAAUGACACCUAAUGACAAUUGUUUAAAGGUUUUUUAUAAAACUUGUUUUGUAGUUAUCAUCUUACUCAGAACUUUGUUUACAUACAGUUCUGCGAGAAGAGGCAAAGAGUCUGGCAGUUGUCCAAUAAAGUGCUAUGUAGUACCACAGUCCAGCUACUGUAUUGUUGUGACAUAAAACCCAUUCACGCAUUCAAACUUGCUUUCAAAAUGACAAACAUAUUCAUAAAUUUAUAUUACCAGACCUUUAAUUUAUUGAUUGAUCUUAUUGAUCAAUCGGUUUCCUUUGAGUUGAAUUAUUCUCAUGUCUCUUUUAUUGUGAUUUGCUACCACAAAAGUCCUUCCUAACUGCCAUGUCAAUUGCUUUCUGUUCAUUGUGUAAUGGUGGACAUAAAGUAAAUCACAUGGUGUGAGAUACAGAGGACAGAGGAAUAGCUAAAGGAGCCACAAGAUCAUCUCUUUGUUUGGCAUAGGAACAUUGCCUGAGCCCACAGUGUGUAUGCAUGCUUUACAUGGUUUUUUAAUUGACAUAGAAUGAAUCAGUUUACAUGGAAUGAUUUAGGAAUCUCUUCAUAUUUUCUUUAUUUCUUCAGUUGAGGGUUCUAGUUAGGCAUGUGCAUGGGGAAAAUUUUCGGUUUGGAAUUCCAAAAUUCGGGAUUUUCGCAAUUUGGGACUUUGGCAAUUUGGCACUUCAACACUUCUGAACUUCGGAAUUUCGGAACUUCAGCAUUUCUGAAUUUCGGGACUUUGACACUUCGUGACUUCUAUUGCAGUCGCUUAGUAGAUAACUCCCUAAUUCCCACGGUAUUAGGGAGUUACCUACCAAAAGGCUGAAAGAACUCAAUUGGUCUUUCAGCCAAAUUUACUAAUACUAAGUAAAAAUUGCUUAGUAUUAGUAAAUUUUGCCCCUACUCGCUUUAGCGCAAGUAGGGGCAUGUCUAGUAAACAGUGAGCAGCCCGUGGCUGCUCACUGUUUAAAAAAAAACUUGCCCCCCCGAGCGGUGGGUGGGGGCCCUAAAUGCUAAUAAGGGGGUGGACCUAAUGUCCUCCCCCCUGGCCCCCACCCCUGAGCAUACCGUGGGAAUUAGGGAGCUAUCUACUUAUUCAUUCCUGUCAUUACAUUCACAGGCUAAGUAACUUACAUUUUAUAUGAAUGUAUGUUACUUGAUUGUUGUGCAUUUGCAAAUGCUUACAGCUGAAUCCUGGCUAUGAUUGUAUACUUUUUAUUUAAAAUUGUAUACAAUGUAACAUUCUUCUUCUUUCACUGGGUAAGUAUAUUAGUACUUAGGCAAUACUGUGCUUUGGAACUUCGGCACUUCGGCACUUUGACACUUCGGAACUUCGACACUUUGGAAAUUUGGUAAUUUCGGAACUUCAGGACCUCAGUAAUUCGACACUUCGGCAAUUUGGCACUUCGGCAAUUCGGACAUUCGGAAGUACCAGAAUGUCCGAAUUGCCUGAAAUUCGUCCGAAUUCAUAUUUGGACCGAAACGAAUUGCACAUGUCUAGUUCUAGGUAAUGACAAGUGGCAUCCUUUCGAUUACUGCCUGUGACUUGUACUCCAGAAGUUGUUCUGGAAUAAGUUAUGUUUUUACGUGUGGCAGACAUGAAUAGAAUAGGCCGAGAAUAUGUAGGAUACAUGUUUAGACUUAAGUGUGGAUUUGCCAUUUCAGAUGGGAAGUUAAAAUUUGGUAGAUUCUAAAAUAGACAAAAUAGGAAGUUAAUAUACACUGUAUAUGCUAAUCAUAAACGGUAGGCAUUGAAAACAGAGCAGAGGUAAGAAAAACUUCACUUAGAUUACAAAUAAUACAAAUAACUCAAUGAUUUCUGCUAAAAGGAUGGUGGGACAAGAGGUUACCCUUUGCAUUUCUGGAAACCGUCUAUAAAUUCCCAUCACUGUCUUCAGCAAAAUCAGUAACCAUAAUCCAUAGGCUUCCUGACAUAUUAACUGAAGCUAACUGAAACAUUUUACUUUUUCACACUGCAAGCAAACAUAGUAGAAUGAUUGUAUGAAUAAUAUGGUCUGGCUCAUGGUUUUAGUAAGUAUGAUUUGGGAUCCCUGACAUCCCACUCCUCCUACAAUUGAAGCCUUAUCUUGGGUUAGGUAUUGAUGUUCCAGGGGAUCGUCCUUUUCUUUCUCACUUGCCUACCUCUUGGUUGUGACCUUUAAUUAACCCUUACCCUUUCUCUCGUCUUUUUUUAGUUAUUGCUUCUUGUAUUGGAGUGAUAUCUUUCUGUACCAUUUGAUUUUGCAUUUCAGAAUUAUAGGCAUAUUCAACCCUUUAAAGACCAAAUGUUGUACUUUGAUAUCACCACAAUAUGGUCCAUAAAAUAUUAUUGCUGCAUGGAAUGUCCUACUUAUUAAGUAGCAUUAAUAAUGCUAUCUGGCCCUCGGUCCUUUGUUGAUUUGGUAAUUCUAUUUUUAAAAGGAACUCUUAAAGCAAAAAUUGUUAUGAUGGGAUAGAUUUUCAUUGGUCCUUCGAGGGGUUACAUGAAGGAAUGUAUAAAUGGAUUCCACCAGAGGUUCUCAAUCUAGUUCUUAAAAAUUACAAGCUGAUUAAUUAAUUAAUCACAAAAUUCUGGAUCAUGGUUCAUUCUGGAGUCUAAAUGCAUAAUUCAUAACAUUAAAUAGUCCCAAGAUUUGAUGGUGGUGGUGGAUCCUAUAGGGAGGAAAUUAAUAUUGGUACUCUUGCCUACUUGUGUUGAGAUAUGUUGCUCACCAGUCGCCCUACUUUGCUCAUGUGCAGAAUACUGUAAAAAAAGGUGGUUAAUAACACUUUGUGCACUGCCCACCAGAUAUUUACUGCAAAAUGUUUCUCUGUGGGAAACAAAAUGUUGUUCUGUUCGAAUGUGUUAAUAUUACAAAACAAAGUGAAAUUAAUUUGAGUGGAGUGAAAGUUAUUUGCAGAAGUUCCACUCAUUUUUAAAAAUACAUGUAGAUAUAUAACUUUUUGUGGGGCAGCUAGCCCAUAUUUAUUUGUUCAUAAGCAAACAGAGACAGGACAACCUUUAGAUUUAGAUUUCAGAUGAUUGGAGAAAGAAAAGCUACAAUAUGUAAAUCAAUCCCGCUAGCCCAUAGAGUAAAUAACCAGCCACCUAUUGUGCUAAUACCAUGUGCUAUAGUCAAGUAUUAAACUUUCUGAUGCUGUUUUCAUUAACAGGUUUUAUAUAUCCAGAAGCCAAUUCAUUAUUUUACUCGUUGCCACAGACACUUCAUUUCUCGUAGGACCUGAGAUAGCUUUUCUUGCUGUCUAUGUACCUCUUUGGCAGAUUCCAAGUGUUACAGGAUGCAAAAAAGGCAUAUUAGACAGGCACACAUUAUUUGGAAUGCUGAAGUCAGGUAGAAUCAAAGCCCAUUAACUACAGCUGUGAAGAAAGAAGUUUGGAAGUGGCUAAAAAAAAAUAAAGAAUUUAUCCUUUGAAUUCCAAUAUGUUCAAUUUAACAAAUGUACAACACGUUUUACGCAACUUGCCAAGAAAGGCUGAAGCUGAACGCAGAUACUCAGAGUCAUUUUUAAUUGCUCUCUGGAGCCGGUGUAAUAGUUUAUAGACAUGUUUUUAUUGUUAAUCAGUUCAAUUCCAACAAACAUAUCCAGUAGAACUCAUAUACUAAAGCUUAUAUAGCAUAUAUAUAUAUAUAAAUAUAUAUAUAUACACACACACACACAUAUGUAUCCCAACUGUUGCCAAGGUGAAUUUUUCCACUAUUUUGCUGUUGGGGUGGGAGUAUAUACAAAUGACAGGGAAUUGGACAACUGGUUCAAAACUGCGUAUUUUGUUGGCGAUGGGGACUUGGUCAGACCAUUGAUGGGUUUGGUACGCUAUCAAGGCAAGUCCACUAAACAUGAUAGAAACACCUCGGGUAUUGCCAUUGACUUCAUUUCCAUAUUGUAUCUCACAUUACAUAUUGUUUUGGUGAAAUACAGAAGAUGAGGUGAGAUGUGUCCUGUCCAACCCACAAGCCUUCCAGCUCUAACACCAUCUUACUAAACAGGCUUACGCUAAUUUAAUAGACACUUCAUGGUCCAGUGAUCAAUGUGCCUUUUAAAAAUCAGAAACAAACUUACUUACUCUGCUAUUAUGUAGCAAAACUGGAUUUCUAUUUAGUUUAGCUUUUAUUUCAUACAGAAGAAUACAAAUAAAGUGAUCAGAUCAUUAGAGCAAUCUAUAUUUAGUCCCCCCCAAUACUGUCAGAAAAUCUACUUCUGGUGGAGCUUGAAGUCAUGGUUCCCACUUUCUACUGCUGCACACUACUUGCUGUGAAUUUGUGGAACCUGAUAUCUUGGGGCGAUUCCAGACAGUUGUCUAUUUGUUUCUGACCCACCUGAUCUUCUGAUUGCUUGCAUUUAUAGUAUACCUGUGGAUAUCACAAGUGCUACUUUUCUGAAUUGAUUGCUCCCCGCAAACCCAGAGCCAAUCAAGUACAGAGGACUUUCUAGCUGAUCUGAGCCCUUUGGGGUAUCCAUAGUGAUGUUUUGCUCUGGUCCUGUUUUGCUGGGUUUUUUUUAUCCGGCUUACCUGACUGCGUUUUGCUUUUCCUGCCCUUCUAUACCUGAUCUGUCCUGUUUGCCUUCUUCUCUUACUGUCUAAUCUGUGUACCAGCCCCUGUCUUGUCUUACUACUUGACACAUGUACCUGUCCCUGACUUGCAUUCUGCCUGAUUUUGUAUACUGGUCCCCUGCUUGUCUAACUUCCCAUCCCAUAUACCAGUCCCUGGCUUGUCUAACUUCCCGUCCCAUGUACCAGUCCCUGGCUUGUCUAACUUCCUGUCCCAUGUACAAGUCCCGGGCUUGUCUAACUUCCCGUCCCAUGUACCAGUCCCGGGCUUGUCUAACUUCCUGUCCCAUGUACAAGUCCCGGGCUUGUCUAACUUCCCGUCCCAUGUACCAGUCCCGGGCUUGUCUAACUUCCCGUCCCAUGUACCACUCCCUGGCUUGUCUAACUUCCCAUCCCAUGUACCAGUCCCUGGCUUGUCUAACUUCCCAUCCCAUGUACCAGUCCCUGGCGUGUCUAACUUCCCAUCCCAUCUACCAGUCUCUGGCUUGUCUAACUUCCUGUCCCAUGAACCAGUCCCUGGCAUGUCUAACUCUUGUCCCAUGUACCAGUCCCUGGCUUGUCUAACUUCCCGUCCCAUGUACCAGUCCCUGGCUGUACCAGUCCCUGGCUUGUCUAACUUCCCAUCCCAUGUACCAGUCCCUGGCUUGUCUAACUCCCGUCCCAUGUACCAGUCCCUGGCUUCUCUAAUUUCCCAUCCCAUGUACCAGUCCCUGGCUUGUCUAACGUUCCAUCCCAUGUACCAGUCCCUGGCUUGUCUAACGUUCUGUCCCAUGUACCAGUCGUUGGCAUGUCUAACUUCCCGUCCCAUGUACCAGUCGUUGGCUUGUCUAACUUCCCAUCCCAUGUACCAGUCCCUGGCUUGUCUAACGUUCCGUCCCAUGUACCAGUUCCUGGCUUGUCUAACGUUCCGUUCCAUGUACCAGUCCCUGGCUUGUCUAACGUUCCGUCCCAUGUACCAGUCCCUGGCUUUUCUAACUUCCCAUCCAUGUACCAGUCGUUGGCAUGUCUAACUUCCCAUCCCAUGUACCAGUCGUUGGCAUGUCUAACUUCCCAUCCCAUGUACCAGUCGUUGGCAUGUCUAAUUUUCUGGUUCCGUAUACCAGUCUCUGGCUUGUUUGCCUGUCCUUUGCUGUGUCUGGUAUUGUGUGUUUUAUUUUUUGUUCCACUCCUAGCCUGUAGUCUUUUUCUCAGUUUAGUCCUGUUACUUCCUAGUUCCUGCUUUACUCUUCUACCCCUCUGUCUUUGCCUUUGUGAGGUUGCUGUCUCUCACCUUGCUGAGGAUCCUCUAGCCAACCCUGACACAUACAUAUAUGUAAAUACAGUGGGACCUCGGUUUACGAAUUUAAUGCGUUCCCCAGGACGUUUCUUAUUGCGAAAAAUUUGUAAACUGAAACGCGGUUUCCUAUAGGAAUGCAUUUAAAACCAAUUAAUCCGUUCUGGAGGUCAGAAAAAAGUCAAAAUGAGCUGGCAUGGAAACCAACCCACAAUGCAGAACACACAAUAAAAGGCAUGCAAACGACAAAGCUCAGCUCCCUACCUUUCCACAGCUUGAGAAAUUCACCAAAAAGUCCCAAAACAACUGCAAACAAUUUACAGAAUGGCUCCAAAACUCGAUGCAAAAACUACUCCAACACCUCCACACUCAAUGCCACGUGCUACCCACAGACUCCAGCAUGCAGGGGGCGGUGCUAUAAACCAUUAUUUUCAAUGUAUUUUCAUUUGUAAACAGAAAAGUAUGUUGACCGAGUCGUUUGUAAACCGAGGUCCCACUGUAUAUGUGUUUCUAAAUAUACUUAUAUGUAAAUUUUAAAUUCCCAUUGAAUGUACGUUAUUUCACUCUGACAACUCACACUUUAGUGAAUCAAUUAACUAAUUACCCUGUAUGAAGGUAGAUAAGGAGCAAAACGCUACAUUAUAUUAUUUUCGAAUUUCGUAUAAAUCUAUACAGAAAGUGUGUCACUGAGGUGGCUCUGGCAUGGAUAUUACACGAUAUUCAAAUCUUUAUGAUUCAUUAAUUGCAUUGUUAUGAGUCUACUUUGAAACACGUGAUGCGUAAUAUAAACCUCUGUUAAAAGAAAUUAAGGUUUAAAACUGGGGGGGACGGGACAUGUAAUUGCAUUUUUUUUUUUAUCUAAAAUGUGCAAAUCUUGUCUUGAUAAUUUCAAACAAAUCAAAAUCUAAACAAAUAUUUUCUUUCCAUCUAACUACAGCUUUCAGAAUCUCCUGAUCCUGAAAUUGCAGACCCUCGUAAAACCUGGAUGAGGUUCAUACACAGAACGGAGGAUGGGGCAAACGCCAAAAAGAAAUGUAAAGGAAAGGACAAAAAAUUAGUAAGUUGCAACCUAGAUUAUCUGUGGAUAUUUCUCCAAAAUCCUCUUUUAAAUGAUUCAAUAUGACCUGCAGAUUUUUGUAUAUUUAUAUUUUGUCUCUUUAAAUAUAAUUACCAUACACGCUCCUAUUUCAGUAUUGGAUUGUGGAAUAACAGUGUGUGUGUAUAUAUAUAUAUAUAUUUAUGUCUUCCGGAAUGAGUCAUGAUAUUUCUAUUUCAAGUUACCACUAAUUUAACUAAAAUACUAGUUUGAUUUUUACAGGCAUAACCCAGAAAUAGCAUAAUGUGUCGAAAUACCAAAUCUUUUUUAUUAGAUCAUAGAUCAAACCCGAAAAAAAAAAAAAAAGCACUUAUUAUGAACUAAAUAAAGAUACAAAAUUGAGAUAAGGCUUUGCAGAGCGCUGUGCAUAUUUGGAAUUAUUUUAGAUUUUUUUAGAUUUUAAAAAAAUAGCCGGGGAGAGCCACCCUCCUAAAAUCAACGAUAAUACCAAAACGUCUAUAUCUACUACAAGUGUUACGAUACUGCUUUCACGUUCAGUUGAACAAAAAUCUAAAUCAAGUAUUUCUCAGGAAAUAAACGCCCAUGAAUAGCAAUGCAUAAACUAUCUCAACCAAGAUUUAAUCUGGAUUUAAAUUUCCAAAAUUUAAAAUUGUACACUUUAACAGCACCCAGCCUCCACUCCCUAGACUGGAUAAAAGGAAUUUUAUUGUAAAAUGUAUUGUAAUACCUACAGUAUCAAACUUGCAACGUGCAAUGCAAUAAUUAUAACUACCUUGCUUAUGGAUAUCAUUGAUAAAAGACAAUAAAAACAUUUGAAACAAACAUACAAACAAACAAACAAAAAAUAGUAGGAUUCACUGACGCUAGCUUUAGGGCAAUUCGUAAAGCUGUACUAGAGAAUACGGCUCAGGAUCGAGUAAAAAUGUAAAAAUACAUUUGCACAAUUUCAAUAGUUUGUGUAUCCGUUCAUUCUCUACAGAAAAUUGGAGUAAGUAGGCAGAAAGCUUUUGCACUUUUAUGAUGACCAUUCCCUUUCAAUUUCUCCAGUAAGACAAGAAAUAGAGAUAUCUAUAUACAUGAACAAACCUGUCAGCGUGUACAUAGAUGGCCGCUACAAUGCAUUUAAAAUAGUAAACUGCUUAUAGAUAUUUGGAAAACAUCUGCUGACAUAUUUGACAAGACACAUUUCCAAAAUGCCAGCAGACAAUAAAUAUUGUGACUCUUUGUGGGUGUUAUGCCUACAUACAGUAAAUACAGGUGAUUGGCUAAUGUCUGGCAUCUGUAUUACAUAGAGCGUCAUUGUUCCUAUCACAGACUUACCUUCUCAAAGUGUUAAUGGACUGAAUUCCCAUCAUCCUUCACAGCUAGUGAUAAAAUGAUUGGGCAUCUUUUUGCCCAAUUUAAUAUAUGCUACUUUUAUAUUUCUACAAGAUACUGUACUCACAAUGAAAACAUUAUGUCAUUUUAAUAUUGCUUUUUCUAUUUUAAUUUUAAAGCUGUUUUUUAUGAUUUGUCUAAUAUAUAUUCCAGAUUCCAGUCUGGUGUAAAGUGCUAAGGAUGUAGCAAUCAGCUGAAAAAUUAUAAUUUUCGCUGGAAAAGAUACAGUUUUGAAUUGAAAUAUAUAAUUGAAAUGAAGUACAAUAAUUAAAACUUUUGUAAAGCUAUUCUAAAGCUAUCGAUUAUCCAAUUACAUUGUAACUGAGUGCAAUGAUUUCAAUGCUUAUCGUUAAUUUGUUCCUGUUGUGCUUCUGUUGCAUAAUGAUUGUGUUGUGUGCUGUAUACUGUCCACGAGCUGUCAUUGUCUUGUCAAUAUGACUGAUAAAGCAUUAUCUUUUCAUCACUCUACUGUAAAUUAUUGCCUUAGGCCAGCUUGCACGGAGAAACCUUGUACUUGUUAUUCAUGCACUUCACAAUAUGUUGCUCGGAAUUAUCAUGAUUUCUUGAUUGCUUCCACAGCGUGGACUGUCUGGGCCACCAGGUCCACCAGGUCCUCAAGGGCCUCCUGGACCUCCUGGAAUGCCUGGAGCAGAAGUUACCCAUGAGGUCUUGCUGCAAGAGUUCAAACAAAUGUUAAAAGGUAGGUAAUGGAAUUUCUCUGAAUAAAAAUCUUGGGCCAUGGAGACAGCUUCAGUUUUAUCUUUAUGUAUGUGGUGAAAAUCUGUAGAUUCCAUAUCUGUUUUAUUUACUACUCUCUAAAAUAUGUUAACAAAGUACAAAGAGCUUAAUUUGGAGAAUUCUGUGUUGCUGACCAGAAGCACAAACAAACAUUUUACAUCAGUUAAAAUAAGAGAGGUCUAUUUUUUUUAAGUAUUCAGUUGCUGAAAAUGAUAUGAUUUUUCAUGUACUAGAUGAUUACAAUGUAGAGUUCAGAGUUCAAAUGUUAUACUUUUCCUCUAGAGGCUACAGAACGACGAUUAUCGGCAGGUGAUAUUCCAGAAGAUGCCAGUGAGAUCCCACCCGUAGUCCUUCCAGUCGAGGACCUCACACCAUACAGACGGGUGGAUGAAGCCUUCCAUUGCAGACUGAAGGGACCAGUUAUUGUGGACAAGAAGACAUUGGUGGAGCUUCAGAACUUCCAGACGGUGAGAAUAUUGGAACUAAUGUUGCAAUACAACAACAAGACUGAAAUAUUUAAUGAACGCUGUCAAUGAAUUCAAUGAUGAACAGUUUGUUAUAAAGAACCAGUAACUGUCUGUAACACUUACAGGCCUCGAUUUAAGUUUUGUUUUCCAAAUUAUUCCAAAUGAUUUAUCUACAAAAUAUCUUUAAUGAAUUAUUUGGAAAGUCUUCCUAACAGUAUGGGAUCAACUGGAAAGCUUAUUAAAUAAAGGCUAUUAUGGGAUAUAAUUAUUUGUAAAGUUCCAAUGCACAUUAGUCGAUUGUGGCAAUAUACCCACAAGUUGCUGGGUUGUCACUGCCGAAUAAAUAUCAUCGAUGCCUUGGUGUCUGUACCUGAGCAAAUAAUUUAAUUACGGGACAGACACCUUGUCAACAAAAAAACACACAAGCUAGGUUUCCUGUCAAAUGCAAAAAUGUAAUAAAGGGAGAAUAUGGCCACUAAAAUCAUAAAAUAUAACCUAGUGCUGUUUAAAACCACCUCAGUGUAUAGUUACUUCAUACACUCUACAUCCAAAUAAAAUCCAAGAUAGGAAAUGUGAUAGCGCAAACGCAGAUUGUAUUUUACCUUUUCAAUAAAUAUUCACAGAAAGGUCCUUUUUGAAGUAAUAACAAUUCGUUGUAGACCCUGUUAAUGGGAAUAAAAAACAUACCAUAGUGUAAACCAUUACAACUAAAAUCAAUUAGUAAGUAAAAAUGGAACAUUCACAAUUAUCAGAGCCUUAAAAGUUGGCUGCAAACUAUAGAAGCAUUUCAUCCACGUUUAGGGAUGGCUGGACCUGGUUGUUUCUCCCAAGAUUGCAGGUGUGGCAGGUUUCCUGUGCCCACAUCCCCACAAUAGUGCCAUCCCCAAGAAACUCUCUUCUGAGUGCCCACUCUGUCCAAAAAGCACUCGGAGCGAAAGUGUCUAGCCCGAUUUAGAUGGAAGGUGGCGUUUUUCAGCAUGGUCUGAUCAGGAGUUCCAAAGAGUUUUAGUUUCCCGGUCAAGCACACCGCGCCUCAACGAGUUGCCCAGCUGGCCUAUGAGUACUCCUGGGCUGCAGAAAAGGGGUUCUGGGCUGGGAGGCAUGGACUGGAGGGGGAGUAGUAAAUAGUGGUGAUUAUAGUCUUUUUGGGAGCAAGGUUGUGGAUGGGAGACACAUACCUGUCCUAGGGUGACCAGGAAGUCUGUCACAUCCAUCCUUCUUUGUGACUGAUAUGUAUCAAAUGGGGCAUCAGCUAAAAGAGUAAAGCAAGUGUAAUGGAUUUUAUAGAGAACAUAAAUAUAUCAUGUUGAUUGUCAGGUUUAUUCUAUCCAAACAUUUUGCCAUACUGACAUUGCAGCAUGUAGCAACUGAUUGUAUGAUUAACGCUGCCUUUAUUCUACCCUAAUUAUAUUAGAAAUAGCAAUAUAUAUAUGUAAUACCCCUUAUAUAAAUAAAAAUAUAUAUUUUUACACGUUAACCAAAGAAGCCAAACAACAAAACAAUUAUGUAAAUUAGGUCAAUCUAGCUUUAGGACAUCUGUUUUAGCUGGAUUGUGCCUUACAAUUCUAAAGAGCUUCUGGACCAAUUAUUUGUUAAAUUACCAUAUUACAUUUUAAGUAAGCUUUACUGUGGUGUUCACCAAAGUGUGAAUUAUCAGAUUCAAACUUAAUUUAAAAUUUUAAGCCAAAAUAGGUGAAUUGGAAAAAUUCUCCAAGUGAGCUAUAUUUUCAGUUUAAAUAUUUUGACCUAGAAUUUGCAAUUCUCUUUGAGUUUCUGACAAUCCACACUUCAUUGAAUGACUUUGCAAGAUCUUUGUAUGGUUGUUUUACUAUUCAGAGAGUGCCUCUUUAAUGGUGAAGUGGUUUUCAAAUACAGACAUAUUUACCUAGUAGUAGAGGCUGAAUAAAGACUCCAAACCAUCAGAUUCAGUCUUCUGCACUUCUCUCGCUGGUGGUGAUCCAAAAGAGGGCAGGAAACUCAACAUGAAGCUAUGCAAGCAAUAGAGAAUGCACUAAUUGCCUCCAAAAGACCAAUAAGAUUUCUGUAACAGUGAUAAGACCCAAGACAAGACAAAUGUUUUUCUACAAUUUUUGUCUGUCUCGGAGUGAGUUUCCUUAGCAUAUCAGAGCUUGAUUUACUUAUGGCAAGUCAAGAAAGAUGUUCUCCUAUGGAUAUUUGUAUCAUAAUGGCACAAGUAAUUUAAAAUAUCUGUCAGAUGUUCUCAAAGUAGAACGAUUGCUUACAUCAUUGUUUUUCUUCGAACAAGGCGCUCGCCUUAAAAUGUAGCUACUGUGCUGUAAUUACUCUGUUGUGCAACACAAUGUAAGAUGAAACUCUACAGUGGCCUUGUUUUUCACUCGUCAAGGGAAACUUUAGAAAACAUACCUAAUAUGAAUAAUCUCAUUUAAUUCUUCUGAUAUUUUUUCCCUUUGUUUUCCCGCAUCCAGCCAACAUCUAAAGGCUCUUUCUUGCGAGGUUCUGGAUUGAAUUUGGCAACAGGUCGCUUCACGGCUUCCGUACCUGGGAUCUACCAGUUUUCUGCUCAUGUCCAUAUCGGUGCGUGAUGAACAUUUUUAAUAUCAUCUAGUGAAAAAUGUGGGAAAUGAUGUAGCGUGACGCAAGCUGUAAUCUCCUGUAUGAGCAGGGAAUGUUCAGUGAACAGUUUAUCCAUUGUUUGCAUCCAGUGCCACCUUCAGUCAAUCAUCUCUCUAUUUUAACCCCUUAAUGACACAGCUUCAAAAGCUUGUCUUACCCUUAAUGACACAAGCCAUUUUUGCAUUUUUUGCUGUUUGCGUUAAAACGCAAUAUGCAUCUCUGUCAUUAAUUGCACCAACAAAUAUUAUAUACCGUUUUUUAGAGGGCAAAAAGGGCUUUAAUUUGAUGUGACAUAUAUACAUUCUCAUUAAUUAUAAAUAAUAUGCCAAACAAUGGUAAAAAUACUUUUUUUCACAGUUUUGACAAUAAUAGCGUGUGCAUUAUAUGUCCAGCUUAUGAAAAGUAAUAAAUAAAUAAAAUUAAUUUAUGUGUCUUGCUCUAUAGACUACAUAAUAUGUGUAGGAUUUCAGCUUAUUUUGAAAGUUACAGGACACAAAAUACAAGGACUAAAAUAAAAUUUCAAUGUGAAACUAUUUGAAAAGUUGGUAUGUUUGUCUUGUAGGUUUAGUAGCCAUUACAGAAAACAAAAUCGCAACAGAAAAGUAUAUAUUUAUACAAAGUAGAUAUCACAGGCUAUUUACCUAAGGCUAUUUUUACACUUUUUACAUAGCUAUUUCAUUGCCAAUCUCUUUUAAAUAUUGGAGUAAAAUUGUGGGCUUUUUUCUAUUUUGGCGUAUACACAUAUAAUAAGUGUAUUUCGUAAAGCUGGUAUGUGCUAUUCCUGCACAGAACCCCAUAUUGUGUUCAGCUACAUCUACUGAGUAUAAUGAUAACCCCAUUGUAUGCCUUUGGCACUAUUCUGUGAAGCUACAAUGCCAUAUAAGAGACAAGGCUAUUUCAGUUUCUAAAGUUAGAAUAUUCAUAGAUGGAUUUGACGGGCCUAUGUCUCAUUUUGGGGUAUUAUAGCAGUUUGACUGUUCGAAUAACCCCACAAAGGGCUUCCAUUUGAUAAAGCUGAAACCCCAGGGUAUCUUAUAUGGUGUAUAUUGUGCCUUAACCUGUCACAAGUUAUCACCAAUUUAUGCCAAUGUUUGUGGUGAGGGGAAAAAAAUGGCAUUUUUACAUACAUGUUGCAUUUUUGAGUAUUUCUUACACUGGAUUUGUGCCACUGUCAUAAAAUCCCCCAAAUUGUGCUCAGUUACAACUUAUGAGUAAAACAAUAUGCCCAAUGUAUGACAUAGACACUAUUUUGUGAAGUUACAGUGCUGUAAAAGAGACCUGACAUAGGUUUUUAAGUGUGAAUUUUCACAGAGGGUUUUGAUGCGUCCGUGUCCCGCUUUGGAGCACUUUAGCAGGCUACAUAUUCCAACUACACCAUAAAGGCAUACCAUUUCUUAAAUAAGACAUCCCACUGUAUUUCAAAAGGCAUAUUUUGAACCUAAGCGUGGGAUCAUUUUUCCACUAGCUUGUACCAAGUGUAGUGAUAAUAAGCAUUUUUUCUGCCUUUUUGACACACAAAGUGAGUUUGCACAGGAUAUUUUGUAUAAUAGUUGAUAAGAUGCUCAGCUAUGUCGUCUGAGUACAACAUUACAAACAAUACCCCCGUAUGUACCUUUGCCAGGUACAUGUGGAUGUUGAAGGGGCACAUUUGAGACGCAGCCAUUCAGUUUUUUUUCUAACUUUGAAGUUUUAUGCUGUGUCCAUGUUCCAUCUUGGAGUAGUUUAGCUGGUUGAUUAUUCAAACAACCCCACAAACGCAUACCAUUUUUUAUAGAAUACACCUUGAGGUAUUUCAAAAUGCAUGUUUUGAACCUUAGCGUUGGAUAAUGUUUUUGCUAGUUUUUUCCAGGUGUAGUGGUAAUGAGCAAUGUUUAAUCUAUUUCUUUACUCUUUUAAACGUUUUUUACUUUUUAAAACUUGUUUUUAAACUUUUUUAUACUUAUUAAAUUUUUCACACUUUUCAAAACUUUCUUAAAACAUUUUACACUUUAAAAUUAUUUUUACUGUUAACCUCUAACUAGCACUAAGCAGCACUAACAGUAAAUUACCCAAUUUCCAAUAACUCCCACCCAUCCCAGCUAGCAAAAUAUAUAAUUUUAAAAUAUUUAAAUGUAUUAAUGAAAUUAGUUGAACCCCUGAGGGUUAAAAAAAUAAAAGUUAACCCUCCGGGUAAAAUAAAUAAAAUCAGAUCACAGUAUAAUACUGUGAUCUGUAUUUUGAUCACUGUAGGCAGUGAUCAACCAGCAGGGAAGGGGUUAAUUUUUAUUAGGACUGGGUAAAUGGGGUGGGAUUUUUUGUACCUUUUUAAAACGGUAUUAAAUAAUUAUUUUAAAACUUUUUUUAACUUUUUAAAGCUUUUUAAAAAAAACUUUUUUAACGUUAACCCCUAGCUAGCCUAACACCAUAUUCCCCAGUAACCUCCACCCCCCACAGCUAGCUAAAUUUAUAAUUUUAAAAUAUUUAAUUAAUUAAUAAAAUACAUUUAGCCCCUGUGGCUUAAAAAAAGUUAACCCUAAGGGGGUAAAAAAAAAAUCAGAUCACAGUAAAAUGUAGUCCCAGCCAAUUGAUCACUGUAGUCAGUGAUCAAUUGGCAGGGAAGGGGUUAAUUUUUAUUUUAAAUGGGUAAAGGGGGGUGGGAUUUCACUUUAACUUUAUUUUUAUUUUUUUACAGGGAGAAGAUCACUGCUGAUCCAUCUCCCUGCACUUCACACUGAAUGCAGGGAGCCGGAUCGGGAGUCCCUGCAGCACAUGUGCUCGCUCUGACAGCAGGGACAGUGCAAUCGGGUGCUCCCGGCCUGCCUCAGAGGAGGAGCGUUAACCCCGCGAUCACCGUAAUUGUGAUGAUCUGGGGUUAACUUUGGUAAAUGACUGAAAUUUUCGGACAUGCGUCCUUACUGGUAGGACAAGCAUGAUGGAAAAUUUCCGUCUAGCGUCGCGAAGGGGUUAAAUGGGCACGCCAGACUAUUACUAAUGCAAAAGACAGACAAUUUUUUAAAACAUAUAUGCAAACUAAAUGCUAAAAAACAUACAAAAACCUCACUUUCUUACUCUCGGUGCAAUCCCCAGACAUGACAUUAUUAGUAAGAGAAAGGGAUAGUCUGAAAUUUCCAAUAAAAGGAUAUUCAGACUAAAAUAAAGAGGGAGUACGAAAAAUAAAUUAAAAUGAGGGAAGCAGCUCUAAUAUUGGAAAAAAGGAUUACCAGUCCUUAUAAGAAAUAAGUAAAAGCACAAUCACUAUAAUACUUUAUUAUUUAUUUAUUAUUUAAAGCAGUAUUUCCUUUGUGGACACUAUAUUUAUAUGACGUUUAUUAGCUCCUGGAUAUAUUUCAUUAUAGUAUUUAAGUGAUUGUGUUUUUAUCUAUUACAUUAUCAGUGUUUAGCUCUCGGAACUUCUUAUUCUAGACUAAAGAAUCUGAAGUAUUGGACAUGUUUAACCUAGCAUUGCAAGGCUUAAAGUGCAAAUGGGAUAAUGACUGUUUAAUGCUCUUACCAAGGACUAGAAAUGUGACAAUCACUACUCUACACAUGGUAAUCAAUGUCUCUCUACAUAGUAUGUGGGAGGAUAGCGCUGACCAAAAGAUUUGAAAGCUCUCUGUGCACAGCCUCAGCUAAGCUAAGAGCAGGGCUUUCUAGGAAUUGUGUAAGAUGCUAGUGAACUACAACUAAGAAACCGAUGCAUAACUAUGUUAUUGGAGAAACACAGCUUGUUACAGGACAAACAUGUAUUUCUGACACUAUAGUGGUUAAUAGACUAUUUAGAUCACCAGCCCUCUCUCUUUACCUAAAUAGGUGAUUUUAAUCACCCUUUUUCCAGCGCCGCGCCGGUCUCGUCGCGGCUGGCGCCUCCUUGAACCUCCUCUGUGGCUGAGAUCAUCAAAUUUGCCAGUCCACUGCUUUCCCAUUGUGCGCUGCAGAACGCAACAAUGUGCCAAUCAGCAUCUCCUCACAGACAUGAAUUGAAGCAAUGUUCCAUGCAGAGCGUGGAGACAAUGAACACCAGUGCUGCACACUGCAGCACUGACCCAGGAAGCACCUCUAGUGGUCGUCUGAGUGACUGCCACUAGAGGUGUUAAUACUUAGUAAUGUAAAUACUGCCUGUUCCUUGAAAAGGCAGUUUUUACAUUAAAACGCCUUCAAGGACAGGCUAGUAAAAACCAGAACAGCAACAUUAAGCUGUAGUUGUUCUGGUGAUUAUGGUAAGAAACUGAAAUGGUGAGCUUUGGAACUGUGAUCUAUAUUAUUUAAUUAGGUGUGCUUUAAUGAUUGUUGAUGGAGCUUUGGAACUGUGACAUUAUUUAACCAGCUAGACGGAAGCACUUUAGAAUGUGGUGGGUGGUACCUAGAUCUGGUUAAAGUUGUAGAAUGGUGCAAAAUAUUUUUUUGCGAAAACAAGAUAGAAUAAGAAUGCAAAAUAAAAACAGCCAAUUCAAGGCAAAUAACUGAGUACCAAUUAAAUGAAUGAUAUAGGACAGUUAAUGAUGAGAUAAAACUAUUAAAGUAUUUAAUUGGGGAUGGUAUGUUCACCUUGUUGCUAGUUUCCCAGAAUGCCCUGUGAUAUUUAUGUUAUUAUUAACCAGAUUAAUGGUACUCAUAUGAGCAACAUUGGAAGGUUGAAGUGAUAAACUUACAUACCCAGGAAUCAAACCUGUAGACCAAUAUUUGGUACUUUUUCUGCACCUAUCCAAAGAAUUGCACGAUAAAGGAUACUGUAUAAUAAUGUAUUGCCAAUCUCUGCAAGGGACUAGAAAACUAAAAAAAUAAACAAACAAACAAAAAACUUUGCGUGAUGACAUCACUCUAUUUUUCUUACGCGUCUCUAAACAGCAAUGUAUACUCUAGAUCAGGACUUAAAAUUUCAAGUGCUAAACUAUUAGCAAGGCCAUAAAAGUGACUCGCCACUGCAAGCCUUGAUGGUCCAUGGCACAUUAUGUAGUGCAGGGGUUAAAUGGAAAGCAUAUGAGCAUGUGUUUUGUGUUUACUAUUUAUUAAGAUUAUCUCUCUUAGGUCAAAUAUACUGAAAUCUCAAACAAGAUCAUGAAGAUAAAUUUCUCCUCUUUAACAUACUUGGAAAUAAGUAAAUAGAUAAUUCCUCUCAGAUGCUUUAAUUCAUAAGACUAAUAAUAACAAGCACUACUUAAGACAUAUGUUCCGUCCGUAGGCAAGCAAGGUCACAAUUAGAUUAAUAAAAGCAUGUCAUAACACUAUUAGUUUGCUGAGUGGAAUCUUCGUCUGUUCAUUCAGGACAUGCUAAAAGGGAAUUUUACAUGCACUAUAGCAAUAAUACAUUUUUAAAGGAACACUUUAAAUUUAGAUAUUUUGUAUUCUGCUUUGAUUCAAACAUGUGGUGGACCAAGGUGCGAUGAGAUCCCUCUAACCAGAAAAAUGUAGUCUUUGCUCUGACAGGAGAUUACAGCUGUUUUCAUUUUUUUUGUUUCUGUUGUUUUUUACUUGUUUUAGAUAUAUGCUAGUGAUAUACCUGUAUACGCACCAAAGUCAAUAAUGCAAAGAAAAACUGUGAUUCUUUGUCCGCUUGAUGCAUAAUAUACCUGUACCUUCCUUGAAUCUCUUAAUAAAAAGAGAAUUACAAAAAGAAAAUCAGUAGUAGAACCCAAUACUUCAUCUUUGCAAUAUUUUGUAAUAUGUACAAUUGUUUAUUUUAUUAUUAGAUCAUAGUGAGAUGAAGAGCAAAGGGCAACUGCGACCUCGAGAUAAUGUGCGUGUUUUGAUAUGCAUUGAGUCCCUGUGUCACCGAUACACGUGAGUUUUCAUAUUAAAACAUUGUUUCACUUUCACAUGAAUAUCAUCUUUUUUAAUACAACCACAAGCUGGAGAGGGUCAGCCAUUUUUGACCGUGAGAGCAUGUACAAACAAAUGGCCUAACUGUGCACAUAAAACGUACAGAUCUCUGUCCUGAUGGAUGGUCCUUCCUAUGUUGACCAUGUGAUAUAUGGGUUUGACUGACGGAUGAUGCUGGAGUUUCAAAAUGUGUUUCAAUAUUUCUACAAGCUUGAUAGAAACAGAAACAUAGAAUGUGACGGCAAAUAAGAACCAUUCAGCCCAUCUAGUCUGCCCAAUUUUCUAAAUACUUUCAUUAGUCCCUAGCCUUAUCUUAUAGCUAUGAUAGCCUUAUGCCCAUCCCACGCAUGAUUAAAAUCCUUCACUGUGUUAACCUCUACCACUUCAGCUGGAAUCUGCCUACCCUCUCAGUAAAGUAAUACUUCCUGAUAUUAUUUUUAAACUUUUGCCCCUUUAAUGUAAGACUAUGUCCUCUUGUUGUGGUAGUUUUUCUUCUUUUAAAUAUAGUCUCCUCCUUUACUGUGUUGAUUCCCUUUAUAUAUUUAAAUGUUUCUAUCAUAUCCCCCCUGUCUCGUCUUUCCUCCAAGCUAUACAUGUUAAGAUCCUUUAACCUUUCCUGGUAAGUUUUAUCCCGCAAUCCAUGAACCAGUUUAGUAGCCCUUCUCUGAACCCUCUCUAAGGUAUCAAUAUCCUUCUGAAGAUACGGUCUCCAGUACUGUGUACAAUACUCCAAGUGAGGUCUCACCAGUGUUCUGUACAAUGGCAUGAGCACUUCCCUCUUUCUACUGCUAAUACCUCUCCCUAUACAAACAAGCAUUCUGCUAGCAUUUCCUGCUGCUCUAUUACAUUGUCUGCCUACCUUUAAGUCAUCAGAAAUAAUUACCCCUAAAUCCCUUUCCUCAGAUGUUGAGGUUAGUACUCUAUCAAAUAUUCUGAACUCUGCCCUUGGGUUUUUACGUCCAAGAUGCAUUAUUUGUUUCCCAAGAACCUCUCUAUGCUAGUGUCCACGAGGGCAAAUGCUGCCCUGACUAACUUAUCUGCCCCUUAUAAAAAUAAAUUCACAUACAAAAUUAAGCUUUAUGAAAUGAUGAACCUGUCAAAAUGUUGUGGCAGGUAACAAGGUUUACUAAUAAUAUAUCAGGUGGAGCAGUCAGUGUCGGUGUCAAAACAAGGACAUCAUGAUCGUAUAACACUAAGUUACCGUCUUAAUUGUUCGGCUCUAAAUGCAGCCGAACAACUGAGUAACAUUGGUGGAUUUGAACUAUGGUGACUCCCUGGCAUAACUAUUUUAAAUCCUCCUCUAUAAACUCCCACUCCCAGUCAAACAGAAUUGAAAUUGACAUCAGAGCAGGUAGACAACACUAUCUACAGAACGUAUUAUUCUUCUAUAUCAAUGAGCAAGUUUGCUGUAUCAGUGAGUGAUGUACUGGGGUCUAUGGACGCCGACCAUGCCUGUAGCCUAAUGCAACGUUUGGCCUUUAGCUGAGUGAUUUGGUCAGUGCAUGCAUUGUAGGACACACAUUUCCUGCCAAAAGGACACCCACAUGUGUAGCAAGAAUUUAAAUCAUUCAAAUUUCCCACUUCAAUUCCAGAAAGGCAAUAUAUUUUUAGACCAAACCAUUGCAGGCAUAACUGAAACUUGGCUUCACCCCAUCCUUUCGUAAUUUUGGCAUGACUUUAUUAACCAUUUUAUAGUCGAUUAUUUGUGACUUGUAGGAAAAAUGUACCCAGUUAGUAGAUCUAAUGAAGCUGGGUAUUCUUAGUGAUAUCUGUGAGAUAGACAGAAAGCAUCUUUAAAAAAAUUUAACAACUGUUUUCUAUAGCCAAGUAAAUGGGAUUUAUUGUCACUGUUGUACUGCACAGAAAUUAUGCUCUGUGUUGGUAUUUGCCGGGUAUUGCAUUAAUUGAGAUAUUCACAUGUUUUGUAAUCCCACCCUCCCGAAAAGAAUUAAAAUAAUUAAAUUAAAGAUCCCAUAGGAGCCACUGUGAUUAAUUUCUUUAAUUCCAGUUUGUGAUUGGUUUUGCAUGCUCAUAAGCUCAUGUCUUGCGCUGGUCCUCAGUUUGGGAGAAAUUUUUGUUAACGAAAAUAUAGCACAGGAACACAGAUAGAAGUGUUUCAAGCUAAAUAGUCAGAGGUAGUAGGAAAAGACGGAAAAUAGGUAAGAUAUAGUGAGAGAAAUAGCUCUAAAACUGGAAGGAGUGUCACCAAUCCUCUAAACAUACAUAAGAAAGAAAAAAUAUCACUUACUUAAUAAAGUAAAUAAUCCAGGAGUUACAAUAAAGUCACAUAAUCACCCAGGGCAUACUUGAAAAUGAGAGAAAUCUCAAUGUAUCCUUCCUAGUAAAAUAUUUUAUGAAUUAAUAAAUAUAGCUAAUAACCAGUGAUGUACAUAGAAUGCAAAACUAAAAUGCAAAGUCCAAUUAUAAAUAGUAAAUCCACAAUAUGGCACAAAACUUAUUUGAAGACUGGAUAUAAAUGUAAACAAUUAUUUUAGUUAACGACUAUUAAAUUGUACCUCUGGAAAUCCUAGUUUCACUGAAAACUGAAUUAUUUCAGUGGGUUGUCUAUAAACAUAAAAUUACACAUUUAUUUGUGCAUGUCCAAAGGGUCCACCAUGGGGCCAUAAUUUGAUGAUAUUUAAUGUUAUUCUGUAUGUCUAAGUUACACCGGUAUAUUAUUAUCAAUGAGUUGGAAACAAAAUUGAAAACUUGUAUUACAGUAAAUCUGCAUAUGUCUGUUAUCACAAGAUAAAGUAUUUAAUUAUAGCCUGUAUUUUCUUUAUAUCCUUACAGUAUAUAUAUAUAUAUCUUCAUAUCCUUACAGUAUAUAUAUAUCCCAUUUAGGAGUUGUUAUAAUAAUACUCCCCUCCUUUCCAGCAUAACAGAGGGAUCUCGGUCUCUCCUCCUACUUAAUUGCCAGCACACCAGUGUCAUUACAUUGAUAUGUACUCCUUUCCUAUUAAUCUCUAGAGUGAGGCAUGCUUGCCAGAGGAGUAAUUACAGCCACUACAGUCCAUAGUUUAUGUGAUUGAAAGCAAUAGGACAACCUGUUGGAGGGUUCUCCUGCUUACUGCUCAGUCAGUUGUCACCAUAGAGAGUUAGGUUAUCAACAUUGUCCUGUAUGCAAAGAAUUGAUUGACUGGUGGGGAAUGACCACAUUUUUAAGUUUAUUGACUCAAACAUUCUAAACUAUUAAUGUAUUUUUUUUUUCAAAAUAACAAAAUACCAAUUUUUGCUCAACGAUGGACAGAUGUAUUUAAUUAGGCACUCAAUAUUCAUACACUUUAUCUUACCACACAAAUAUAAAACACAAUUGUGUUACGGAUACAAUUAAAAGGUGAGUAUUAUAUUAUAAAACAAAUCUGAGUGGAAAUGAUCAAAAAAGGAACAUACCAAUAGAAUAAAUAAAAUAAAAUACAACAGGAAUCUAUAAUAGCUGUGUGUUAACUCUUCACAAUCUAGAAUUAGCUUUAAGAUGUAGAAUAAAAAUAUACACAGUGUAAAACCAUUACAUGAAUAUAAAAUGUUUAAAAUAUACAUGCAAAGAGCGCUGAGGAUUAGACAGCGCAAAAAGCAUAUUCUAAUCCUCUGGACACACUCUGGUAAUCUGUAUCAAAGUCCCUUACACGAGGCCGACUAUAGGUCCGGACCCCGACCUAUAGUCGGCCUUGGGUAAGGGAUUUUGAUACAGAUCGCCAGAGUGUGUGCAGAGGACUUUAAUAUAUCUUCUCAUUGAGUGUUGGGGAGAAGAUAUCUAUCACGGUCUUUGAUCAUAAACUUUGGGUAAUAAAGUGCAAUGCUCUGGUCCAACCUGUUUUGUCUAAGUAGGUUUACACCAGAUAACGAAGCAAGUAAAAAAAUGUAUAUAUUUAAAAGUGGGAGUAAGGAUGUAAAUAAUGGACAAGAAAGACAAACUGUCCAUCCAUUAAGGCGUACCUAGGUGCUCCAAUGUUCAAAAUACUUUACUGGAUAAUUUACGGUAUUCAGUAGUCUGGGAGUUUAAGAAAAAACAAAAUAUGCGAAGAUUGAAACAAUUUAUAACUUUUUAACAUAUUGCUGAAAUAUCACAUUCGCUUCUUCUUUUUUUUUUUUUUACAAAAGCCCAUUUAGAGUGAAAUUGGAGCAAUUGCUUUCAAUCUUGUGAAAAUAUAUACCUUUUUCCAUAAUCAAGACUCAAUUAUCAUCCAUACGUUUUGCUGAAAAUAUGAAUUGACAUCUGCAUAAGCUCUCUUCAUUCCUACUUGGCAGUCGCUUGGUUAAUGGGUACACUAAGUGGCCCAUUCUAUCAUUUUUAUUAUUUGCAGAACUGUAACGUAUCAUAAAGGUUGAGAAUAAUUAUAGGAAAGUGAAUUUACAGGAAGGGCUGAAAAAAUGAAAAACACCACCAAGUGCCAAAUGUCUUUUCAACAUAUCACCGUAUUUACAUUCCCAAAUCACCCCCUCAGGCCUUGCCCCUCCUCCUGUUCCUUGGCAGGUACACCAAGACAAAAUCAGGUUUUGCACUUGUAGCACUUCAGUCUUGCUGUCGUCAGUCUGAUCUCAUUCAUUAAAAAUGUUCCAGUCACAUACACCUCUGCCCACCAGCCUUGGCACCGAUUAUUUCCCAGCAAAAUCUGUUCACUGCAUCAUUUUCCAGUAAUCUGUCUCUUUUAUUAUUCGGAUGGGUCCAACUGAUACUGGGACAGAAGAGCGUGGAAUUUGUUAAGCAAUUUUUCAUCUUUUGAAAGCAUGACUUUCUGGAACCAGCAUUGUAUUUACAAAUUUGGAAGGCAAUGUUUGGGCAAGCCAUCUAAAUGGUUAGACCAAGGAUGAAGAAGCAGGCACCCAGUACCCCCAGCUUUUUGAACUUUUAGAUGAUUGAUUGUGAUGAGAGUUGCAGUGUGAGAAUAAGUCUGUCCUGUCUGCACUCUUCCCAACUGGCACCUACAGAGACCCACUCCCGAAUUUUUCUGAUCCCAACCUCCUCUGCCACGGUAUCAAGUGCAAAGACAAAAACCCUUGUAAAGUUAAGACGAGGACAGUGAAUGUACUUACAGAAUACUUUUAAUUUUGACUCCCAAGUGCCACCUGUGCAGAACCAUCAUUAUAGCUUACCUGCUGAAAACAGUUAGUAAUUCGCUAAUGUGUGACAUGUCUUAAAAGUUCUGAAAAUGACAAUUGUUAUUUUGGGACUGUUCCCUUAUAGCGAUGUGAUUACUAUCCACCCCUAUUUGUUCUGUAAAAUAAUGAUUACUCAUCUUGUGUCCAGGGCCAGGACUUAUCCGCUGCAGGUUUCAGUUCCUCAUACAAUGAGGUCAGCAUCCAAGCUGAUAUAACUCACAAUCUCCUCCAUUCCAUUGCUUAUCAUAGAGAAGCAGUAGAUUGGAAUUAAGCAUGCGAGGCCAGACGCCAAGCUCCUCUAAUCAAACUGUGCUAUCAGCAACAUUGAUUCCAGGACCAAGAUUAAUCUCUGGAGGAAGAAGUGCGUCUAGUGGUUGUCAGAAAGACUGCCACAAGAGGUGUAUUUAACCAUGUUUCUACAAAAGUGCAAUAUUUUACAUUACAGGACCACUGCACCCAUACCACUUUAUUGAGUCUUUAGUGGUCCUAUAAAACCAACGUGAAUUUCAAAUUUUAGGCAGCAGCUGCCAAAUUGUCCAUGUUUUGGCCUAUUGAAAUUCAGAGCAUCCCUUUUGGCAGGCUCUCUCCCUGCUCUGAGUCUAUACCACUUAAUGUCAGGAGGUAUGUAUACCUGAUUUGGAGUCUUUUCUUCCAAUCAAAUGCCUCCCAAGUGUUGGGUGCAAUCCAUCUGUCCCACUUUUCUGUCUUAAUGUCCCACUUUUAUAUUGGCUUAGUUCUCUUGGGGUUGUGAAUUUAUAUCAGAGACCCACAGCUCUAAUACUCACAGUAAUGUGUCUUUGAACUGCAACAAAUGUAUUUGGAAAUUAAUCUGUUUAAAUAAGAUUCAUUGGUCUUAUUCUAAAUUACAUUUCUGAUCGCAUAAAUUGUUAUUAAUAUGUUACCUAAAACCUUUUCAGAACAGCACAGCUACUGGCUAUACCUCACUCAAACCCCAAAAAUGAAAGUGUUCCUCUGUCAAUUUGGAAUAUGAGGACGUAUGCAAAUAAGCUGUCUGCUUACAUUUUUGAAAUGCGGUUUUCAAUUCACUACAGUAAUGAAUAAAUUGCCUUUUUUAAGACCUCAAUUUAAUAUUUUUGGAUGAGCUUUUACAUUUUUUUUCAAUGUUUUAUUUUUGUAGUACAGGCACAUACUAACAUGUCACCUUGAGACAAAGUGGAUUUCAUGUGGACCUAGAUACACAUGUUAAAAGACUUGCACAAAGCCUUCACCUCUGAUGAAGGUUUUGUGCCGAAACGCGUCAGGUGGAUCCUGAGGACAUUUUGGGACUUAUUUUAUAUUCAUAUGGGACUUUCCUCAUUUUUUAUUAUUUUUGUAGUUGCAUAGUGUUUAUUAAAGUUUAUGUUCAACCUUUUAUUUGUUUUCCUGGUUUGUGCAACUUUGGGAAGAUACCCACUACAACUUGUGUUCCAGUCCUUAGGAAGAUUUCUGUUCAAGGCGAUCAUCUUGAGCCAGCUCCUAAUUGGCUCUUCGUAUGUGAGUGCAAUUUAUCCACUACGUCACUUUAAUUUAUUUGACGUUAUUACCCUAUGUUGUAUUUUUCUGCUUUUCUUUCAGAAAUUUAUUAACCAAUGGGUAAAAUAAUUUUAUUGUAAUUUUAUUUGAGUGCUCUCACCAUUUCUUUUAUUUUCACUUAAGUCUAUUGUAGUGGUUAUUGUGGCCCACUAAGGUGAUUGUAGCACCAGUGUUUAUUCAUUUAUUUUUUUCACCGUGUGUUUUAUUGUUCACAUACCUCUCACCUCCCAAUGUUUUCCUACGGGAAAGCAUUGGAUUGGCUGAGAUGAUCAACAUGAGGCGGAGCUUCAUCGAGGAAACCAGCGCUGUGAGGGAGUAAACGUAAGCAAAACACCUCGUUUAAACCUGGCAGAGCUGGUCCCGGUCACCGAAACUGUGACUAUGCACUAUAGCGUUAGAAAUACAAAUAUGUAUUAAUAACACUAUAGUGUUCCUUUAAGGAAGUAGGCAUUAUAAUUCAACAACAUCUGGAUAUAUAGCUUUUGGCCACUAUCAGCACAUUUGUUACCAUGGCUCCUAUAAAUACUUACUAUAGCUACUCAUUUUUAUAUAUAAUUUCUCUUCGAAAAAGAUGCUUUACAUAAUAAGCAUGAAUGGGAAAUGACAUAUAAGAGUGCCAGAAAGUAAAUAUAGAAGAUACCAAACACCUCAUUUUCCCCACCUGAUGUUAUCCAGGACUGUAGAAGAAUGAUAUUAUAUUUUGUAAUGAGUUUGGAAUGUGGAAGUGUGACUGUAACAUCUACCAAAGAAUGUAAUGACUAAAAACCUCUGUCAUCUGAUACGCAUAGAAUACAAUGAAUGUCCCUGCAGGAGGGCAGUAUCUUGGCAGUGAUCUGUAUUAUUUUGACUCUGCGACACAGUGCCAUGGUGUGAAUUGUACUUGUCUAACAGUCUUAUCAAAAGUUCAGCAAUAAAACAAAUUAAAGACAAAGACAUGACCUCAUUAAACUGUGUUCUAUGGCUUGCUAGUAGCACAUUAGCAAUAAUUUGGUUUGUUUACUUAAAGGAACACUAAAUGUGUAUUCCUCACACUAUAGGGCCCUUGUAGCCAUUUAGGUCACCGGCCCUCACCUGUAAGGAGUAAAAAAGUUUUUGUUUACUUACCUUUUCUCCCUUGUAGCACUGGUCUCUGCGUUGCUUAUCCGUCUCCUUGACUGAGAUCAUCAAGGUCAAUAAUCUCAGCCAAUCCAAUGCUUUUCUAUAAGAAAGCAUUGGGAGGCUAGUGCUCAUUUUACUCGGCUAUUUCUCCAGAAGUGCCUUUAGUGACAGUCUGGAUGACAGCCUAUAAAGACAUGUAAACCGUGGAAAUGGAAACACUGACUUUCUGCAGUACAGCAAUGUUUUCACUUGCAGGGUUAAAAUGGGGCGGGGAGGCGUGGUUUGGGCUCUAACCAAGAUAGCCGCAUAACCUGGGCACUCCGCUCCACCGGUCCCCUAAUCAGCACUUUAUACCCAGCCACCUACGUUAAUGGGACGUACCAAGCGUUCAGAACCCCUGCAGACCCCAAGGAGCUCGCAAACGGAGCACCAAAUAGGCCCCAUGGAUGGCUAUCUUCAAUCCCAGCUGGGCACGAGUGGAGAGGUCGGAAGUCCCCAAAUUGCGCCAUCCUCCACAGCCUCGAUAGUAGGAUCGGAAUCCUAUGCCUUAGACUGUAUCGUAGAGUAACUGAAGAAUAUGGCAGCUUCCAUAGUGACCAAAGCUAACCUACUUACCCUCACUACCAUCAAGGACAUGCUGAGAACGGAGAUGGCGGGCUUCUGGACAAAGGUGGCUGCGCAGGGAGACCGCAUUCAGGCAUUGGAGCAGUCAGCCGAGGCCAAAUCCACAAAGUCUGCAGGAAACCAACACAGCGGUAUCCAGACAGGGGGAAAUAAUCCUUGCUAUGAGGAGAUCCCUGGAAGACCUGGACAACAGGGGCCGUCGAUGAAACAUUCGGGUCCGUGGGAUACUGGAAGCUGAAGGGGAGGAAAAUGUUGAGGAGGUGCUCACUGGCCGCUUAGAAUAUGAGAGGGCCCAUAGAGCCUUAUGACCGCACUUUAUAGAAGAGGGGCCGAGAGAAUUGAUAUGUUGCCUUCAUUCCUUUCCAGGGAAGGAGGCUAUUAUGAAAAAAGCCCGCAACAGGCCAACAUGGAAUUACCGAGGCGCCCAGGUAUCCUUAUUCAACGAUCUAUCCCCAUCACGCUGGAAGCCAGAUGGGCUCUAUGGCCGGUGACGUCGGCACUAAGAGAAUGCAACAUUGCCAAUCGAUAGGGAUUCCCCUUCGCAUUACUUGCACGCGGUCGGAAUGGAUGGGCCUCUAUUCGCUGGCCUGAAGAGGUGCUGCAGUUCCUGGAGGAGCUGGGCCUGCUACCUGUGACAGUCACCAACUAGGUCCUGGCGCCCUUGGGGUUGAGGCCCUGACCCAGGAAACCGGAGGUAUGAGUUUGUGUGCUGGCUCCCGUGGGCCUGGGGUUACCUCUGCUCAGUGGGAAUUAUCCAUUCCCUCUGACGCCUUACCAUUAGGUAACCACCCUACCAGGAUCUAGUCAGAGGAAGCCGUUGGACGUGAGCUACAAAUAAUAUAGUGUCACCACCUGAUGUGAUCCCCAUUAGGGCAGUAUUGGGUGGGGGGAAAAGCAUACGGGGGUCUGCAAAUCUAUACCUCCUUCUAUUGCGGGCUUUGGGCAGGGAAUUAUCUGGGAUGUCUGUCUAUUAGCCGAGAGAAAGGAAAGGGAGGUCUGCAUGCAGACACGGUCAGGCCGCUGUUACCUCCCUAACCGGCUACUCCGCAAAUGAGGAAAAGGGUAUGGAGGCUAUUUAAGCCUAAGACUGGUAGGGAUCGAUGGGACCAAUGGAAGAAAAGAGAUACAACAUGGGUCCUAUACACCGCUCCGCUACCUUGAGCUCGAUAGCCCCACCCCAAGGCCUCCGGCAUAUAACUCUUAUUACUGGACUCCUUUCCCUUUUCAACUUAUAUAGUUUGCUAAAGCGUGUACAAUUGUGUGUACAAUUAUGUGUUGAUUUCUGUGUUGACUUAUGAUUUAAUUUAUGAGCGCAUUAAGGCAACAUAACGUGACAUAACGCGACUUGCUGGAGACACACAAAGGGAGGGGGAGGGGGGAAGAAAGAAGAGGGAAGGAAGAGGGGGGAGGGACAAAAAAAGGGAGGGGAAAAGAAACAUGUGGAGGAGGGAAGGAAUUGGGAAGGAGGUGGGAGGGAAGAGGCGAUUCGUUGAAAUAUUAUACCUAAUGCUAAAUGUGGAGCCUUGGGUGGAUGGCGUAGAGUGCAUGGUAUGUGAGGUCAGUCCAACAGGGUGUGUAGAGCAGGGGUACAUAUUGCCCUGGCUGGGAAACACUAGGAUUGGGGGGGGUAGGAAAGGAACUUUCUCGUGUUAAACUAUGACUGCUCAAUUAUUGCUGACAAACUCUCAGGGUAUAUAAAUUGUUGCUAUGUGCUGUAACUGAUGUAAUGGAAAUGCAUCACGGGAGCACAUGGUGAAGUGGUCCUGACAUGUACUACACUUGUUGUAAUACCCUUUGGUGGAGACUGGGCUUCUUUACUCAACCCAUACUCGUGCAGAUUUUCCUACUCUGGGCUUGGUACCGGUGCGGGCUCCUAGUGAUUCCCGUUGUAGCACGAGUCCCCUCCCUUAAUGGGGGGAAGAUACGGGACAUCUCUUGCUCCGCUGGGGGUGUCCCUUAAGGGGAGUCCUCCUUUUUUCUACAAACUAUUUUCCUUCUUUCCACUACUCUCUACCUAUCUUAUUAGGAGACAUCCUAUUCAUUCCCUGCUCCUCUGGGUGUUCUCGUCUCUCAGUAUAUAGGGGAAGGGGCCCAGGUUUUCCAACAUAUUCUCCCACUAAUCUGCUAGCCUUUUCCACUUUUACAUUCCUUAAUUCUCUCCUCUGUCCUGUGUUGUUCCUGUCUUUCUUCCUCUCCUCAUUUCUUAUGCUGACUCGGGAGGUCGGAUCCCUCGGGGUUACUGAAACAGAGCAAAGAGUGCUUAGGAGGUUGGCGACGUGCCUCCUGCAUGGGUUGGGCCUAGCUCGGGGCUUAACUUGGCUUACCGCCGCGCUCUUCUGAAUAUCCUCACUCUUAACUGUAGGGGAUUGAAUAUCAGAGAACGCAGAACACAUCUGUAAAGGGAACUGAAGAAAUAACAUGUAUCGGUAACUUUGCAUCAGGAAACGCAUUUUAUGGAAGGUGCGGCGCCAAAAUAGACACUACCCGGUUAACUUCUUUAGCAACUACCUAUCGGCCCGUAAAGUUGGAAUUGCAAUCAUAGUUGCCCCCAACCUGGAAUUCCAGGAACUAGACUGCUUACUCGACUCGCACGGACGUUUCCUAUUUCUGAAGGGCACCAUCGCCGACAAACUAUACACCUUCGCAUCAAUAUAUGUCCCAACUGCAGACAGGCACACUUUAUUAGGAAUACGUUGGCUAAACUAUGAGACUUCUCAGAGGGCGCUCUAAUAGUGGGAGGGGACUUUAAUGCUCCCCUAGACCUGCUGCUUGACUCAUCCACAGGACAUACUUGCAUCCCCCAAUGGUGCAUUCGUUCCAUCUGCAGAACAUAGGGAAACAUGGGACUGGUGGACUGUUGGAGGACACUUUACCCUACCGUCAAGGAAUUCACGCAUUACUCUGCUCUUCAUGACCGUUAUUCUCGCAUUGACUAUCUCUUUAUUAAACAAGAAGGUCUCUCUCAGCUCUUAAGAGCCACUAUUGGACGCACCACCUGGUCGGAUCAUGGGCCGGUCGGCAUAGAACUCGAAUACCCUUUAUCCCGACCCUCAACUUGGACGUGGCAGCUCAAUGAGGCCCUCUUGUUGGAUCCCGAAGUGCAGGAGCAAGUCUCCCAAGCAUUGGAUCUUUAUUUCCAGGAAACGGUCGGGGAAAAUGUAACCGAUAUCGAUCUAGGAAGCCUACAAGAGCGUCAUCCGAAGCACACUUAUUUGGAUUGCCACACACACAAAAGAGCGGCCCUACAGGAGAUGGCUGACCUUUACAAAUUUAUACUGAUUUUGGAACUCCAGCAUAAACGAACCCACUUCAUGGAAGUAUACGGAGAACUGAUGCAAGCCAUGUGACAGCUGAAGGAACUGCUUGCGCACAGAUAUUUUCGAUCUAUACAAUGCUCCAAGGGCUUCUUUUGCUCCUAUGUGAACAAAGGAGACAAAUAUCUCACCCAUCUUUUGAAAGGUAUCUCCCCCGAACAUAGGUCUGCAAAAUACACAGCACCUCAGGGACUAUAUCCUCCAUCCCAAAGGAUAUAGCAGAAGAAUUCCGACGCUACUAUAGCCCUCUGUAAAACCUGCCCACACCCGAGAUGAAUCAAUUAAGCCUGAUCGUACUGGCGCAUGUCACCAUUUACCUAGAUACCAACGUCCCGACAGAGGUAACUCCAGAAAUAGCGGCUGUUUUGGAUGCCCAGACAAGUACCAAGGAACUCUCUGUAGCUCUGAAAGAGACAAAAACCGGCAAAGCACCGAGGCCUGACGGAUUCUCAACGGGAUACUAUAAAAAUGUUUCCACAAUGCUCCUGCCAUGGCUGAUGAAAGCACUCAAAGCAGUCAAGGAGGGGACGAACUUUGGAGCGGAAUUGUUGGCAGCGACCAUAAUGGUCUUGCUUAAAUCAGGGAAGGAUCCGGCAAGCUGUAGCAGCUAUCGCCCGAUCUCUCUCCUGAAUGUGAACGCUAAGCUGUUUACAAAAGUUCUGGUGACCAGAAUCCAAUCAGUCUUACCAACCUUAAUUCAGGCAGACCAGACAGGUUUAAUCCAAGGGCGGGAAGCACAGGACAGCACAUUGCGUUUCUUUUCCAGUCAAUACCACGCAAGAAAGAUGCGGAAAUACCUAAUUUUACUAUCAACCGACACUGAAAAGGCAUUUGACCAAGUCAAUUGGUCAUAUAUGAUAGCCACUUUAAGAAAGAUGGGAUUGGGAUACAGAAUGCUUACUUGGAUUUCCACCUUGUACAACAAGCCAUGAACCUCAGUGAGAGUUAAUGGGGCAUGGUGACAGGAGAAAGGGAUGCCCUCUUUCACCGCUGCUAUUCGCCAUAUCACUGGAACCGCUGCUCCAGGCGAUCCGCUGGAAUCCAGACAUCCGGGGCUACACAUGGCAGAAGGUGGAACAUAAGGUUGCCGCUUACGCAGAUGACCUCCUCCUCUUUAUAUCGGAACCCCGGAUCACACUUCCUUGCCUUCAAGCGGAAUUCGAAUGAUUCAGUGGAUUUUCGGGAUGUAAGCUUAACCUAUCAAAAUAUGAAGUACUCAAUGUCACAAUCCCGAUGGAGAUAUAUAUAUGGCUCUGGAAUCGCUGUUCCCAUUCCACUGGUGCUUAGGCAAAAUUAAGUAUCUUGGACCGUGGGUAUCCACAGAUCCGCGGGACAUAUACCAACAUAACUUUAUACCCCUGCUGAAGAUGCUGUUGGCGGAUCUGAACAGAUGGGUUACCCUCACGUGAUGUGGCAUGGGCGAAUAGCAGUAAUCAAAAUAAAUAUUCUCCCAAGGGCCCUCUAUUUCUUCCAAACCAUGCCGCUGACACUACCAGCAUCCUUUUCCUCCACAUUAAAAACUGUGAUCAUCCGCAACGUGUGGCGAGAGGAAAGGUCAAGGCCAUGAGCUGUUAUGUCUACCUAGACAUAGGGGACUGGCGCUACCAGACUUUAAAAAGUACCAUCAAGCCACGAUUCUGCAACGAAUCCUUGACUGGUACGCUGGAAACACACACAAGCAAUGAGUGGUAUUAGACACUGGAGGCGUAAACACUAGCCUGGAGUCGGCGGUGUAGUUGGGGGGAAAAGUGGGGUCAAAAGAGAGGAACGAAGGGGAACCAGUGUCUCACGCACUUUGCACCUGGUAGUUGGUUAGCGAACAGACACACGUCUCACCCACUCCCAGCCCCUUACUACCGAUAACGAACAACGGCAAAUUAGGUGGGGGAGGGGGCUGCCCUUGAGGGCAUGGCCCUUUUCUUGGGGGUGGAGAAUACAUCCCGAUCCAUAAGACCUUACGAGACAGUAAAAUACGGAACAUAGACUUCCUAUUAGAGGGUAAGGCAUGGACCCCACUGAUCUCUCUCCGAUAUACACAAUUAAUACACUAAUACUCGCUCCCACAUAAAGAACGGUUACAUAGGGAUCUUACGUGGUUCGAGGUCCAUCAUGCUUGACAAGGCUAUAUCAACGCUAUACCAACACCUUUUGGUUGGCAACCACUUGACAAAAAACACUUUCCAAAUGGGAACACAUGCUAGGCUGGACUUUUUCACCCUCACUGUGGGACAAGGCAUUACUAUAGCAGCAUAAGAGUUCCUUCAACUCCCAAUACCAGGAGAUGAAUUAUAAACUCAUAUCACUCUGUUAUAGGACUCCAGUCCUACUCCAUAAGAUAUUCCCGAUGGUGCCCCUGACACGCUGGAGAUGCCAGGCGGAAAGGGGGACAAUGAUACACCUUUGGUGGGACUGUCGGGACAUUAUCUGGGAAGCGGUGAGGAAGGAUGUGACAGCUAUCUUAGGAGACAUAAAUGAAUGGUCUGCUGAACUAGCUCUGUUACAUAUAUUGUCGCUACCUGUCGCGUUCUAUAAGAAAUCUCUCCUUCGCUACUUAUUGAAUGCAGCCAAAGCCCUUACACCGAUCUUUUGGAAGCGGACCAAGAUCACCACUAGAGAGGAGUGGAUCCACAGGGUCGAUUACAUUCAGACGGCGGAGGUGCUUCAUGCCACACUGAUGGGAAGUGGGACCAGACAUGCAGAGACAUGGCAACCAUGGUUUAGGUUUAUAGCUCAAAGCCAAUGAGACACAAUUUUGUAUUUGCCUCUCACCUACUAAAAAGGAAAUACAGCAACUGAUAACAAAGUUAAAAAGAAAACACAUGCGCCUCUAAUUUAUGUCCAACUAAAUUAAGUGCAAUCAGUUGCCUACUGCUAUGAUGCUUAGAUUCUGGCUUAGAUUGGACACUGAGCCAAUCCCUUGAUAAACCAUUGUAACAACAAUCAACCUCGUCCAAUGGUGGUUUUAUUUUAUUUUUUUACAAAAUUUACUUAGAAAAGGAGUUUAUAUUUAUAAUCACUGCCACUAUGCAUAGUUAUAGUUUAAAACAUAUAUAUGUAAAGUACGCUGUCUAUUCAGUAAAAAAAUGCAUUCACUUUACAGACAAUAAUCUUUCAUCUUGAAAUUGUUCUAGAAAAAAUUCAAGUGUAUAGAUACAGUUUUGUUCAGUAUUGAAUAUUCAAGUUUAUAGGUGGAUAACGGCAUAGGUAAUAUAUGUAGAUUUCUUCUAUAAGACAUUCUUCUCUCACAUCACCCUGUGUAUAUUAUACCUACAAGCUUAGUCUUCCAAAUUAAUCUUUCCUUAAACUGUUUCCGUACCCAUAAACCCAAACAAAUUCCUCCUAGCUUUCAUUUUUCAAAGCUUGAAAUUCAAACACAGCGAUAUGUAAAGAUCACCUCUGUGCAAUGUAAUUAUUAUAGCGUGCAAGCAUUGAAUCUCACAGGGAGAAAAAUAUGUGGCAAUGAUGUAAUAUUUAGCAUUUAAAUAACCACAAUUGAUUUGUGACCCAGAUUGCACUGAACUAUAAAAAAACCUGAAUAUCACAGUAAUAUAUACAUAUAUAUAUAUAUAUACAUACAUACAUACAUACACACGCACACACACACCUUAUCUUAUCUUCGAAUUCAUAGAAACAUGUGUUACACUUUGAUUUAUUUUGUUACACGAGUGAAUUCUUUAAUGAUCUCAUUAGGUUCGUUAGGUUCUCGUAACUUUCAUCCCAUUGAUCUCCAUCUUACUUUCAUUUCCCAGUUCAUGUGCAGCGAGGAUAAUUAGUCCCAGUGUCCUCAUUCACAAAGAAUCUUGGGCAGAAACAUUCAAGUUAGGACUGGCUCUUCCCUGGCACCGUGUGUUUUACAUUGUUGACAUGCUGGUUGAGUGAGGAUUAUUUGUGUACUCCAGUCAUUCAUUUUAUGUGAAGCCCGGGGGAGCUUAGAAUCAGUGAUCGCAAAUUAUUACAUUUGACUCUUUUGUCACUUAAUGACCUCCAGGAGUCAGAAUUGUGCAAACUCGUAAUUGUUUUUGUAAAUUCUUUUCUUACAUUUAUUUUGUUUUAUUUUAAGGUCAGUGGUGCAGGGACACAAUUUCUGUUGAUAAGCCUUUAGAAUUAUAUUUAUAUACAAUAUUGCCCAGUCACUAAUAUAUCUAAGAAGAAAGGUUGUAUAUUUUGUUGUGUAUUUCAAAUUGCUGUUUUCCGAGAUUAUUUUAAUGUCAAAAUGUAAUGAUCAUUUUAAAGCAUGCUGUAUUCCUUUACGCUAAAUUCAUUAUUGCGUCCUUUUCAGAUUUAAAAAUAAAUGACUAUAACAUGUGGAAUAUCUCAGAGAAAUUAUUAAAAUAUGAGAUUAGAAAUGCUAUUGUAACUUUUUCCUGAAUGAUGCUUUUUUUCUUUAGAUUCUAUCAUGGCUUUAGUAUACCUUCCACCUUCUGGCUAUUUUAAGAAUAUGCAGAUACCUAGCUCUGCCUCCUCACUGUCAGUUAAAUCUGCAGCUUUGACAGUUUCUACGUUCUUUGAGAAUGAUUAUUUUACGGGGAGUAACCAGAAUCCUACAUCUCAUUGUAUAGCUGACUCACAAUUUCUAUGGAUUUGUGGGUUCCUAAUUAUAUUCUCUUUGGGAAAACCACAUUGAUGAAAAUAUUGAGGAAAAAAUAUAGGAAGUCUUUGCUAAAGUUUCAAAAUGAUCUGUCAUUGAUAAACGACUCCAGUACAUAUAUGUCUGUGCAUAUGGAUCUCUGUUGGUGGUUUUGUGGUCUGAAAAUCACACCUUACCAUCAUUACAGAGGUAAUUCUGGGGGUAAGCAUUGGGAAAAAUGCUCCCCCUGAGAAGCUGUCUAGUAGUAGAGACUGUGGCGUCACCCACACUGUCCCCAAACGCCUGCUUCCAAGCUAAUAAAAGAAUAUUCCGGUGCCAGACUCUGUAAGCCUGUUACACAUACCGAGAAAAGUGUCAUUGAAUUGACUUGUUAAAGGAACACUCUAGACCCCUAAAGCACAUAAGCUUGCUUGAGUGCUAAAUGUGUGGAGUGUGUCAUUUUUUUUUCCAUUUUUCAAAAAGUGCAGAUUUCAAUAGGAAUUUGCACUUUUUAUAAAUUCACCUUGUUACAUCCCCCAGGCUGUCAACCAGACAAAAGGUUCUGUUACUUCCUUGUUCGGUUAGCUCAGUGGAGCUAAUCUUGAGAGGCAGCAACUGCCCAGAGACUUUGCAAAGUCUUCUCAUUGCACUACAUUGCAAAGUCUGUAAUUGGACAGCCACAGAAAGUCUGGGCUGAAGAAAAAUGGGAGGACUUGCAAGCUCUUGCAAGCUCUCUCUGUCUCUAUAUAUAUACCCAACUAAAAUGCCUAAUUAAAUGCAUGCAUGGUUUCAUUGGGGGUAUAUUUACCACACACUGAUUAUUUAUUUAGUUUUCUUAGGCAGUGGAGUGUCUAUUUUAGCAAGAAGCAGGGAAUCAGUAUAACUGCAAUAGUUGCAUGAUUAAGUGUGCGUUCUUGUUUGUGGUUACUGUAUGCAUAUUUGUAAUUCUGUGUAUCUGUGUUAUAUUUUAUCAUGAACUUUAUAAAUUACUUUUCACAGGUCCCUGGAAGUCAUUGCUGGAAUGGAGAGUAACAGCAAAGUAUUCACUGUUCAUGUUCAGGGCUUGUUACAACUGCAGGUAAUUUGAAGAUUGUAAUCACUGUUAGCAUGUGUACAUUAUGCUGUUACCUAAACUCAUUAACACAUAGACCAAACAAAAACAAACAAUAAAUUGUUAUUUAUUCAGAAGACAAGGUUAGCAGUUGGUUUCAGUAAUUUUCUAUUAACAUGAUUGAACACACUUGAAUAAAAUGUCAGAAAGUAAAAUGUAUAUUAUUAUUAUGAUUCAUUGAUGGUUUAGUGGUUAAAAUAGUAAUAAUCCGAUCUUCGAAAACUAUUUUCUGAAUUUAUUCCCCUAAGUCACUCUUUCACUCCAGAACUUCAUCACGAAGGGGCCCUGUUGUAUGGUAAUAGGAGAGGCAAGAUGUACUUUUGUAGUCAAGCUGUUUCACCCAGUGGACCCAUCUAUAAGGCCAACAUAGUUGUCCACGUCUUUUUCCUUCUAUUUUGUACUGAUUUAAGCAGUGAGAGUAUAUACUGUCUAAUUCUAUUGCCCUGUGCGCAACAGAGCACACAGAGCAACACAGUCCAAGAAAAAUACCAGAGUAACUCCUAUACAACACCUCUCUACACCACAAACCCUACCUCUUGGGGGGAGAGUUACUGGUGGGGAAAUAUAUUAUGAGAAUAUGAGGGAAGGCAACAAAAAUGUGCAUACCCCUCGUUACAUCUGUGGUAAAGCAAAGUUUUAUUUGUUUUGGCAGCCAUCAUUUUUUGCGUGCAUAGCGACAGAUUUAGUUUGCACAUACAGAUAUUCAUAACCAAAAAUAUCAUAGGUAAGGUUUACAAUGUCAUGGAUUUGGUCAGCACUUUAGUUUAUCACAUACAGAUAUUCAUAACCAAAAAUAUCAUAGGUAAGGUUUACAAUGUCAUGGAUUUGGUCAGCACUUUAGUUUAUCACAUACAGAUAUUCAUAACCAAAAAUAUCAUAGGUAAGGUUUACAAUGUCAUGGUUUUGGUCAGCACUUUUUCAAAGAAUAAUAAUAAAACAAUGUUAAAACAUCAUGUUGAUAACUAGCUUUGCUCCUACUGAAAAAAAUUAUAAUUUAAUAUUGGUAGAGCGAGAUAUACGUUAAUCAAGAUACACCGCCUCCAGGGAACAAAAAUGUAAAAAAAAAAAAGAAAGAAACAUUCUCUUUAAAUUUUGUCAUCUUUUACAUAAAGACACGUAUAUCUUCAUAUGUAAACAAGAUAAGAACUGGCUCGGCCAUUUUAAUUGUAGCAUAGCUGUCAUUUAGAAUUCCGUCACUGCUUUCAUCCACCACGUUCAGUGUAUUGUAUCUCAAAGUUGUUUAAUUUCCCAGGAUUCUCUUGGCUGUGGUAUUUUGUUAUUGACAGAGUCCUAUAACAGCCUAUGUUUGUUCAAUUUUUUUUUCGUAUCAUUGAAAAUCUUGGAAUCAUAAAAGUCCGUAAAGCCAGGCUUUCUUCAGUUACUUUUCUGGAACAUUAGCAGUUGUGUCCAUGAGACAGCUAGAAAUUACUAUUAUUGUUUUUGGAGCAAGCAGACGGCGUUUUGCUCCUGCUGUGCCAUUUGUUUUUCUAGCAGAUGAUCUGCUUUAAAAUAGUCCUGAAGCGUUUGAUUUGCUACUUAGUCUCUGUUCCAAGAACACUACACUGGGAAAUGUUAUUGUAGUGACAGUUUAUAAAAGCGAUGAUCCGAGUUUAUACGCCAUUUGCAAAUACCAUUUCAGACGUGUUCAUUCAAUACUCUGGAGUUGUUUUCAAUGAAAGAUUUUAUAAAAGCAAAAGAGCACUCUCUAUAUAAUUAUAUCACCACAAUUGUAAAAUAGUCACUUAUUAUUAUUAUAAUUUAUUAGACAUAUUAUCAAAUAUUACCGUACAAACAUAUUUACACACAGUCAGUGUUUCAACCUAGUUUACUUGGGGGAUGUAUUUACUAAAACAAAUUAAAACUGAAUUUGCGAAAUAUAAGAGAAAAUACCUGUGGUGGAAAUAUUCUUAAACUCACAGCGUUAUUUACUGAAUGGAGAAUUCAAUGUGAAUUUUAAAAAUAUAGAUAGAGAAGUUUAACUGAAACUCUAGCUGACUUACGGAACUAUUCCAGUUUAACUACUUUGACCUUAAAUUUAAAAAUACACUUUGAUUUCUGACUUUAGUGGAUAACCCUGUCAGUUAUAUCUCUAACAAUCGGCAUUAUUCACUAAAGUCAGUAUUCAAACUUUAUUUCAGGAUAAAAUGGGGUGCAUAGAUGUAAUGGACAGUAGACUUGUGUAUUUGUGGACACUCAGCUCUUCUACUAAAUUCUGUUUCUCCAAAGCAUUGUAGAGACAUAUAACCAUACAAAUAACUAGUGCAAUGGUGUGUUGGUAUGAUUCCGUGUUUGAAGUUCCCCCCAAGGUGCCAGAAAAAGAUGAUUAAUUGGGAUAAAAAUAAUUGAUGGCUAGGGGACAGUCAUUAAAUGUUGAUUAUACUCACAUAUCAAGUGAGAGGUGACCAAUAAAGAUAGCAAAAUAAGAAGCAGUAAAAAAUAUAUACAUAUUCAUGAACAUAUGAUAUAUAAAUAUAGAAUUUUUGUUUUACUGACCCUCCUCUUUUUCUUUCUUUUAGUAAAAUUUUCUCACUUGAUUUGGGAACCAAACGGCUGGAAAAUGCGCCUAUCAAUGUACUGUAAAAUAUAUAUAAUAUUUAUAUUAUGUAUAUAUUUUGAAGUAUACUGAGUGGCCCGUUUUCGCAAACUGUUUUGUUAAUCCGAAUUGUUUCCGAGAAUUUUUUUUCAUGCACAAUAUUUCAUGGACGAGAGUUGGAGGUCACAAACCUCCACAAAUUUAAUUUUUGGAAGAAUAGAUUUUGGCCAAAUGGAGUUUGUCCUUCAUGCACAUGUCUAGUUGACAGUAAAAGCAUUUUAUGGAGAUAAUAAUGCAACUAAAAUUCGACUAUAUUAUGUGAAUAAAACAAACACUUUUUCCACUUUCUUUACAGUCUGGACAAUACACAUCUAUAUUUGUGGACAACAGUGCCGGGGCACCAAUCACUGUUCAAAAUGGGUCUGAUUUUAUGGGCAUUCUAAUGGGGAUUUAACCAAAACCCCAAGAGAACAAGUUCUUCUUUCAACACCAAACCAUCAUGAUAUUGACACAGAGUCGUGCAUCUACAAUGGACAAACAUUCAAUUUUCCUGAUCAUCUGGGAUCUGUUGCUGUAUAACUGCUUGCCACCUUCAUCACCUGGAGAGACUUUAUGCAAGCCCCUAUCUUCAUUCAUUGCCUCUGCUGCUUGUAAGCCUCAAACUGCCGAGAGGUCUGCAAUACAUCGAAAUGGUAUUAUUAAGCAAUGCAUUGCAGAACUCAGUUUAAUAUUUCCAUAUCAGACUCUGUAAAGAAAAUACCAUCAAUUAGGACAAGUUAUCCUUUUUUGUAUAUGCAUUUUUGCUACUUGAUUUAGAAAAAGAAAGAAGGAUGUAGAGCCUCAGCAGAUAUGUUCUCAUUGUUGAAAGCUGAAUGUGGAUCUCUUCUACAAUGGACACUUUGUUUCUAUAAUUGAGUUCCGAGGGCAUUUGGAGCCAGUUUUGUGUGGUCUGGUUAAUGAGGGACUCAAGAAGAACAUCAAGUAACCUGACCGAAAAAUGAGUUACUGCUGUUGGCUCCAAAAUGGACACUUGUAUUUGUGCCUCAGAUUGUACCCUCUUCUGAUCACCUAUGUUGUUCUAUAUUGUUUUAUUCUAUAAGAUACUGCAUAAUAUGGCUGUUUGCUAAUAAACAGUCUUUUAACCAUCAUCAAUUUUGGUGCCAAAGGCUCAGAUUUAUAUACAACGGGCUUAGGAGGAAAGACUAGUGAGUCUGCAUGAAAAAUGUGCACAUUUAAAAGGAGUCUUCAAACUCUUGAGCACUUUGAAUAAGUUUGUUGUUCCAGUGAGUUGCAAAAAUCACCUUAGCUCUGUUUUCACCCCACCUGCAUGCUGUGAUGUAACACUCAAUGCCCCUAUAAGACCGAAUACAUAAAUAUCACAGGCUCUUAAUAAAAGCAUCUUUAGCAACUGUGCAGAUGAAUGGCUGAAAGUAAAUUCAGUCUUGAAAGUAUGUUCAGUCUUGAAUGAAGCUGAUUGGAAAGCUAUCAGAGGCCAAAGACAUACCCUUUCAAGAAUGAAUAUACUUGACUCUGCUGAACUACAUUUCCCAUAUACUCUAGCAAUGUAGGGGUUUCUGGAAUAUGCAAACAAUGGGACUAUGAGAACAGUAAUAUCAGUCACUUACUGGUCCCUUUAGCUUCAACUUUGAAGCAAAUAAGGGAAUUAUACCGGUGAAUGAUAUUUCUUUUGGGUUUAAACACAAUACACUGUUACAUAUGGAAAGGUUGUUUUGACUCUAACACAGACUGAUGUGAGUAUGGAAAAUGGAAAUGGUUCCCCAACUCCAUAAAUAUACAAUAGCAUUGCUUGAGAUAGUGAAUGCAAAAAGGCUUAGUCAAUGAUUGGAUAAUGAGUCAUAAUUUCAACUAUAUUUCAUUCUAAAAUCAAGGUGUACACACUGCACAGUCAAUAUGAAACACAGGGAACAGAGCUACACAAAAGUUAAAAAUAGUAAUAUAUUUAUAUGCUAAUAUAUGCAAAUGUAAACAAUAUAAAACGACAUAUUGGUAGUGUUCUUGGACCCCUUAAAUGUACAAAAUGCUGAGCAUUUCAAAUCAGACAUAUUACCUUUUAGAAAAAAAAAAACAUAAAAUAACAUUGUUAGAUUAUUUGCCAUUCAUUUAAACCCAUCUGAAGCUUUUACUGCAUUGCCUGUUCAUGUUGGCUGACAUCAAUGCAAUAUGAAUAGGUGCCAAUUUAUUAAUGAGUUUGAGUACUUUAAAAUGAAAGUGAGGGCCUCUCAUAGAUAUGCAUUGGUUUUUACGAUUUCUCUGUAAUUGGAUGGCUUAUAGAGAAACUUUGGAUUGUCUAGGAGAUCAUCACCAAUGAUUAUCUCACAGAGGAAGAAGACAAUCUCACAACUGGAUAAUAAUUAAUUUACUUAUUUGUGAAUUGUAGCAUGCCAAAGUGGGAACAUAGUGGAGAUUGUGCAUAGUCCCCUGCUCUGUCUGUUAGUGCAGUUCCAGGCUCCGGGUCAAGCAGUGUGCUUUGUGAGUGGAGAGAGGGCAGUAUAUGAUGUUCAUUCACAUCUCCAGCCCACUCCCCUCACUCACCAAUCGUAGGCUGGAAAUGCAUUGACAGACCGGCAUAGGGACAUACAGAGCCUCUUCUACAUUAGCCAGGGCAACAGAAAGACAUCAGACUGCUUCUCAUUCAAUGUCAAACUCUUAACAAAUAGUUUAACACUGAGCAGUGGGAUUGCACCAGGGGACUCCAGGAACUAAAACCACUUCAAUGAGAUGAAGUGUUAACGCUGCCUACAGUGCCUCUUUAAGAACAAAAUUA